AUGCGCUCUGAGGAGCUACCCGGGGUAGAGUGUAUAGAAAAUAUUUUUCCUUUCUCCGAUUUAGAAUGUGACGAGCAAGAGACACCCUUGGUGUGCCUGGGUAAUGAGGUAGAACCUCCCCAUACUGAAGACCAUAUAGAAGAAGUGGAGUUUCAGGAUCUCAGAGUCCCCCCUGGUAACUUCCGAGCAGCCCAAUGGGAAGAUAAGUCCUUGACAGCUGCAAGAGAGAAUGUGCAAAUAGUGGAGGGUACAAGGGCGGACCCUGACAAGCCCUUGAGCUUUCCUUAUUUCAUGGUGAAAAAUAAUCUGCUGUAUCGAGUAGAGAAAAAGGGGGAAGAGGAGGCAGAACAGUUGUUAGUUCCCCAAUCUCACCGAAACACUGUUUUAAAACUAGCCCAUAGCCAUGUGUUAGGUGGGCACCUUGGUUUUGAAAAAACGAGGGAACGAAUUCUGACCCGAUUCUAUUGGCCAGGGGUAUUUUCGGCAAUAGAGAGGUUUUGUAAAUCCUGCCCAGAAUGCCAACUGAAAGCUCCGCAUAAGGGCUUCCGUAGUCCAUUGGUACCCCUUCCCAUCAUAGAGGUUCCAUUCGAAAGAAUAGCAAUGGACCUGAUAGGGCCGUUGCCUAGGUCCGCAAGAGGACAUCAGUACAUUUUAGUUGUUGUGGAUUAUGCAACACGGUAUCCAGAGGCAGUACCUCUACGGAAUGCCACCUCUAAAAAUGUUGCAAGGGAGUUACUGAUGAUGUUUAGCAGGAUGGGUAUACCUAAGGAAAUUCUCACAGAUCAGGGAACCCCUUUUAUGUCAAAAAUCAUGCGUGAUUUGUGCAAAUUGCUCAGAAUCAAGCAGUUGAAAACCUCGGUAUACCAUCCGCAAACUGAUGGAUUAGUGGAGAGGUUUAAUAAAACUCUAAAGGCUAUGCUGCGGAAGGUGAUAGACAAGGAUGGAAAAAAUUGGGAUUAUCUCAUACCCUACCUGAUGUUUUCUAUUAGAGAAGUCCCGCAAGCUUCCACAGGGUUCUCACCUUUCGAGUUAAUGUAUGGUAGGCAUCCAAGAGGCAUACUGGAUGUUGCCAAGGAAACAUGGGAACAAGAGCAUACCCCCCAUCACAGUCUUAUAGAGCAUGUAGCGCAAAUGCAAGAGCGGAUCGAAGCGGUAAUUCCCAUAGUUAGGGAAAACAUGGAAAAGGCCCAGAGAGCCCAACAAGCAAGCUAUAACCGGAACGCAAGGCUACGGGUCUUCAAACCAGGUGAUAGGGUUCUAGUUCUUGUUCCCACGGUAGAAAGCAAAUUCUUAGCCAGCUGGCAAGGGCCAUAUGAAAUCACUGAGCGGAUCAGUGACGUGAACUACAAAGUAAGACAGCCAGGCAGACGGAAGCCAGAACAGACAUAUCAUAUAAAUUUAUUGAAGCCAUGGGUAGAACGAGAGGUUCUCAUCGUGACCAGAGAUAAACCUACUCAAGCCACUCGUGAGCAGGGUCCGGAGGUGCAUGUCGCUGAUACUCUUGCCCCCCAUCAGAAACAGGAAGUCAGGGAGUUUGUGUCUAAAAAUAGGGAUGUGUUUUCCCCAAUACCAGGAAAAACACAUAUAAUCAAGCAUGAUAUCCUAACUGAACCUGGGAAGAAGAUCAAUCUGAAGCCCUACAGGAUACCUGAGGCUAGACGUGAAGCGGUUAGUGCAGAGGUUAAAAAGAUGCUUGAGUUGGGGGUGAUUGAAGUAUCACAAAGUGAGUGGAACAACCCAAUUGUGUUAGUGCCCAAACCAAAUGGGGAAAUCCGUUUCUGUAAUGAUUUCCGUAAGCUAAAUGAUAUCUCUAAGUUUGAUGCCUACCCGAUGCCUCGUGUGGAUGAGCUAAUAGAGCGAUUAGGUAAGGCCAGAUAUCUGAGCACCUUGGACCUCACCAAGGGAUACUGGCAGGUACCCCUGACUGAGAAAGCAAAAGAGAAAACUGCGUUUUCUACCCCUGAUGGGUUGUUCCAAUAUAAAGUGCUACCAUUUGGGUUGCAUGGUGCCCCAGCAACGUUUCAGCGUAUGAUGGAUAAGAUACUUCACCCCCACAGACAGUAUGCAGCCGCCUACCUGGAUGAUGUGGUGAUUCACAGUGCGGACUGGGAAACCCACUUGAUGAAGGUUCAGGCAGUUGUGGAUAGUGUAAAGGCUGCCGGUUUGACCGAUAACACUGCUACGUGUUAUCUGGGAUUUGAUAACUAUUUGGGUUAUCCACUUGGGCGGGGGCUCCUUAAACUACAAGGGAGCAAGGUAGCCGCUAUCUACAGUAGGCCACUUCCUGUAACUGAGAAGUUAGUCAGGGCUGGUAGAGCCCUAGGUGUUAUGAAAGUUCACGGUUUGUGUUCUAAGGCCGCUCGACCCGAUGGGUCUGAGCUGGGGGGGAGGAUAUGUGAUAAAGUGAAGGCAGAUAGGCCUAUAACAUUUAACCCCAGGGGGAGUAUGUGUAGGAUGUGUUGUAGGCAACACAAAGCAUUGUUUAGUUAUGGGCCCCUGGGGUGGAGCAUUUGGAGAGAAGGGUGGGCCAAUGCUCCACUCCGCAGCUUAGCGGUUUUCUUGGAAGACUUAGAUCCAGCCCAGGGUUUUGGACUGUCUCCAACCUACUGCUCAGCUGUAGGUAAUCAGCUGCAGCAAGUGGGAAUAAAAUCCCUCCCUGCUAGGCAGGUAAGGGAGAAUGUUCUUUUUCUCUCUGAAAGGCUGGAAGCAGCAGGCUGGCUAAAUACUGGAGUGCUGAGAGUGGACAAAGACUCUAGGUUGGUGAAACCACUAUUGUUUUGUUUAGUUUAACCCUGAGAGAUAGGGAACUAAUGUCAGUUAGUGCUCAGACGAGCUAGGUGUUUGUUUAUAGGGUUUUCUGUUACUUUUGUUUUUCAUUUUCUGCUGUAUCCUGUGUGGAUUUGCAAAUAAAGUGCCUGAGUAUAUGCAAUUACAAGGACUGUGCAUGUUUUUACCCUAGAGGGCCGUGCUACCUGGUGACAAGGAUCACAAUAUAUAUAUAUAAAACCCCUUACAUAGCCAUGAGAUAAAUGAGGGAGCUAUUAUUCCGGCAUAUAUACACGCAUCUAGGAAUUGGCUGGGAUUGCUUAUUUUAGGGUAAAAUAACCAAGUUUAGAAUAAUUAUCCAGCUAUGCUGUUUUUCUGGUUUGGCUUGUCUGUCCAUAAUUUACUAUUACCUGGGCAAUUCCUACAAAAUUCCAGUUUCUGAAUAACCUUUCUGGGUUCUGUUGGCAAACAUUUCUGUAUAUGUAUAUGUUUAAAAAUGUGUUUAUUUAAUAACGUCUCUUGCUCUUGUAUAAAAUGUAUAUGGUUGUAAUUAUACUGUCUAGUGAUAUGUUACGCAUACUGUUGCAGUUAGCUAUUUAGCUAUUAGCUAUUAGCUAUUUCUAAAUCAAUUGUCCUUUUGAAUUCAUAUAUUCAGUUAUUUGUUGACUGCUACACUUAAUGUAAAGGGUAUGUAUGUAUGUAACAAUCAAGUUUGAUAUUUCCUUGUAGUCUUGUAGUGAGCUUUUUUUAUGCACAAAUAAAAUUUAGCAAAGCCAUUUUAUUGCCCUAAUUGUCUCCGUGUAGAAUGGGCCACAAUGUGAAGAUCAAAUCAUGCUGUCUUGUAAAAGGAGUCUUGACAUCUUUGGGUGACAGAUUUCCUUUAAAUUCCUUUCUACAACCCCCAGAGAAAGAUAAUGGUCAAUGAGAGAGACCAUUGUUAGACUGAAGUCAAGUAGCUGUUACUAUGUAACACAAAGCAUUUUAUAAUAAUGGUGUGAUAAGAUUUACUUUGUAGUCUGUUCUGAUUAGAACUUGGGAGCCAGUGAAGGCUUACAAAAUGCAGGGUAUGAGUCUUUAAAUUACCACCAAGAAAACUGCAAAUAUUCCUUAGAUCGGAGUAGCAUGUUAUGCUCAUCUUUACUGGAUUUUGAGGGACACCAAAAUACCUGUUGCUUCUCAUUUCUUAGCAUAUGGGUGCAAGCUAGAGUUUACACGAUUGUGUGUAUGUAUGUGUGUGUAUGUGUAUGUCUGUGUAUAUGUAGAAAGGCCAUUAGGCCUGAAUUUGUGGGAGGAGUAAGUCCCCUACUUAAACUCCAAGCCCCUACUCACCUCUGCCGUUCAGCUGAUUGUCUAUCCCCAUAGCAACCAGCACUUCCGGUCCGAGCUUCCCGCCAGAACAGCUUCUGUUUCCUGCAGCAAGAGGUCCAGAGCAAUCCUCCGUCCGUUCUGAGGCCCAGCGCGGUUUUCCUCCCGGUCUCGGUACCUGGCUUCUGGUCACGAGACCGGCACGCUCACGUAAGCUAUGUGAGGGAAAUAGCAUUCGGCUAUUUCCCUCCGUUCGGGCCUAAAAACGUAGGGGUAGGCUCCCUCUAUCUUCUUUAAACAUAUCCAUGCUCGGUUAACGUAUUCAGCGUUCGCGCCAAAACGGAUGAACGCCCGUUACACUUACGCAUCGUACGGAAAAACUGCCGAACUAUGUAUAAGUAUAAACGCUCAUAUUAAUCGUUGUAUUUCUGUGUUACUGUUCGGUCAUCCGCAUGAACCUCAUACUUACCCGUUCGUGCAUCCUUAAUGUUAGAUGAUAAUCCUAUUAAUUAUUAAACACGAUCUUCUAGGGCAAUUGCGUAAAUCCACAUCUGUACUACAUCUUCUCCUUAGAAUCACACAGUCAUUUAUUCUUGCCUCUGUCACAUGUCUUUGGCUUUACAGAUUGCAUCGGUUUCUUGCAUUCCUGCUCAAAAGUUGCUCUUUCAAGUUCUUUUAUUACAGGAACAGGUAUAAUAUUCUUCUCACUUUGGUUUCAUCCAGGUCUAGGCCUCAAAUACAAUUAAGCUAUCUAGACUUGUCACAGCAAGAUAUGUUGGUAUUUAUUACAUACUGUCACAUCUGUCGUUAACUAAUUAUGCAUUGGUUAAUCCUUAGCUCCAGUAGUAUUCUAGGCCUCCACCGGUUUCUUUUUUUUUUCAAUAUAUUUUUUAUUGAAAUUUCGUCUUCAAUGAUGCAGUUCGAGCCAGUAAUACAGUUGUGAGUAGUACAUCAAGGUAGUACAAAAACAAGUACAACAUUAACGUUGGGGUACGGUUAGGAGUAUGUACAGUUAGGUAACAUAGAGCGGUCUGUAUAGUCGGUUAAACAAUCAUUGCUCAUAUCGCCAGCCUAACAUCUGGUCAACCCGUGUUCACCUGGUGGUGGGUACUGGUAUUCUUCCCUAUGCUCUAUCGUUGGUUAUACAUAUGAUUACCGGUGGUGGUUAUAGGGUGAUAGAGGAUGUUUCUGACCUUGCAGCUCCACCUUACUUAUGCCGGUUAUAUAGUUCUAUCCAUGGUGACCAUGUUGUGCUAAACCUCUGUGCCGUUUUGGCGUCAGGAGCGGUCAUUUUUUCGUAGAUGUAGAAUUGGUGUAUUUUGUCCCGCAGUUGGGUUUUGUUUGGGCAAAUUGUGGAUUUCCAAUGGAGGGCCAGUAGGCUGCGGGCUGCUAGGGUGAUAAUGGCACACAGCUGUUUGUGCGAGUUUCGGAGUGUCGGGGGGAAUCUCAGGAGUAAAUAUAUGUCGGGUGUCUUUUGGAUAUCUGGGAUGUGGAGUGCUCUGAUCGUAUUGUGUACUUCUGUCCAUAGGGGCUGGAUAUUGGGGCACUCCCACCAGACAUGUAUAAGUGUGCCCUUCUCUGCGGAGCAUCUCCAACAUAGAGGAGUCGUGUUUGGGUAUAUUUUGUGGAGUUUGUGUGGGGUUAGGUACCAUCUGUACAUGAGUUUUCUGUGUGCUUCCAUGUGUGUGUAGCAUUUUGUCCAUUUAGAUAGGUCAUUCAGUACAUGCAGCCAGUCUUCGUCUGUGAGUUGGAUGGCACAGUCUAGUUCCCAUUGAGUUUUGCAGCGUGGUGGUAUUUUGGGUAUGGUGUCUUCCCACGCUUUAUAGCAUAGGGAAAUGGUUUUUGGUUUUGUGGGGUGUUUCCAGCACCUUUCUAUGAUUGCCUUUGUUGGUAGGGAUAUGUGAGCAUGGGUUGAAUUUUGGUUGCUUACAUGUGCUGUAAUGAUUCCCUUAAGUUGUAGGUAUGUAAAGAACGCGUCAUUGGGAAGUUCCCAUUUGUGUUGUAUGUCGGGGAAUGUCAUCAUUUUUUGGGAUUGAAGUAAUUGGUGUAUGUGUGUUAUUCCAGCCAACGACCACUUGUGUAAGCGUAUGUCUGGCGUGAUGGCCCUUAGGGCCAUCAGUGGUGCCUCUGCCUGGAAUUUAUUUUUGUCCCCUACUUUUUCUAGAAAUGUUGUCCAUAUUUGGAUAGUAUAUUUUGUUGUGGGUAAUAGAUCAGAUCUUAACGACCUCAAUUUUCUUGGUGUCCACAAGUGUGCUAGUGCCAAGUUGUUGCUAAACUGGGCUUUUUCCAUGUCCACCCAUUGUAUGAUCCCCUCAGUAGUAUGGAGCAGUAUCCCUGUUGCUAAGGCGGAUGCUUUAUAGUACAGAUCUAUGUUGGGUAAUCCCACACCACCCUGUUUUGAGUGUUGGUAUAGUAUCGCACUUGCGACGCGUUGCUUUUUGUGUUCCCAUAUGAACGCGUUACAUAUGGAUUGUAGUGUUCUUAUAAGUGUUUUUGGUGCUUGUAGAGGGAGCAUUCUGAAUAUAUACAGUAUUUUUGGGAGUAUCACCAUUUUAUACGCAUUUAUUCUGCCUAGCCAGGAAAUGUGUGUUUGCGACCAUUUGCGUGUUUCAUUCUUGCAUUGUUGUGGGAGUGUGAGGUAAUUUACUUUUAAUACUCCUGCUAUGGUGGGUGCAAUUUUUAUGCCAAGGUAAGUGAGUGAGGUUGUCCUCCAAUCGAAGAGGUAUUUGUCUUUGAGCACAGCUGUGGUGGAGGAGGUGAGUUUGAUGGGUAGUGCUUGCGUUUUGUCUUGGUUUAGACGGUAGUGUGAUAUGUCCCCGAACCUUUCCAAGGUCUCCAACAGGUGGGGCACUGAUGUUUGAGGGUUUUCUAGUGUGAUUAAGAUAUCGUCUGCAAAUAGCGCUAGUUUGUAUUCCUUGCCUAGGAUUUUGACGCCUUGUAUGCGUUCGUCAUUUCUUAUUUUUUGUGCUAGCGGUUCGAGGGAUAGUAUAUAUAGUAGGGGGGAUAGGGGGCAUCCCUGUCGUGUCCCAUUGGAUAUAUGGAAGGUGGCUGAGAGGAAGCCACCAUGGGCCACUUUGGCCGCCGGUUUCACAUAUAGCGCCAUGAUCCCUUUGAUAAAUUCGUCUGGGAAUCCGAAUUUUUGUAAUACUCUCUGCAUAUAGGCCCAAUUGAGUCGGUCGAAGGCCUUCUCCGCAUCAAGUGCCAGCAGGAGGCCUCCGGCCGACCCCCCCUCCAUGGUAGCUAGUAUGUUAAGGAUUUUUCGCGUGUUAUCGGAGCCUUGUCUCCCCUUGACGAACCCUGAUUGAUCGUUGUGUAUUAGUUCGCUUAUUAUGACCGUGAGCCUGUUACUUAGUAUUUUCGCGUAUAAUUUGGCAUCCCCAUUUAGAAGGGAGAUGGGUCUGAAGUUUUUGCAGGUGGUGGGUGGUUUGCCUGGUUUGGGUAAUGUCGAGAUGUGAGCUAACAGUAGUUCCUCUGGCAAGGCUCCCGUGUCUAAACUGUGUUGGUAUAGGUUUAGGAGGUGGGGGAGUAGUAGUUUGGAGAAUUCUUUAUAAUAUCUAUUUGGUAGGCCAUCUGGUCCUGGGGAUUUGUGUGAUGGUAAGUCAGCUAUGGCUUUAGAUAUUUCUUCAUGGGAUAUUGGCUGUUUGAGUUGUUUUACUUUAUCUGAUGACAGGGAUGGGAGGUGAACAGUUGCUAAAAAAUUGUCAAUAUCUGCAAGCGUAGGGACUUUCGUUCCCCCGUCUUCACUCAGGUUAUACAGUUUGUGAUAAUAUGUGGAGAAUUCGUUUACAAUUUUGUUCGGAUCACUAACUUUCUGACCAGUAUUUGUGUUUAGGAAGGCAAUCCUGGAGGCGACUGAUCUUUGUUUGAGCUGUGAGGCUAGUUUUGCUCCUGCUCUGUUGCCAUAGGCAAAGUACCUGUGUUUGUAUUUUUGUAGCAGGUAUGUGGUUUUGGCCAGUUCAAAGUUUUGUAAUUUAGUGUGAGCUUGCAGGAGAGCUGUUUUGGUCAUGGCUGAUGGUGAGCAUUUGUUUCUAUGUGUUAGUGCCGUUAUUUCUUGGAUGAUUUCUAGGUAUUGAGCUUGGCGUACUUUUUUGGCUUGACUUGCGUGUUUUAUAAAACUACCCCUGAUCACCGCUUUGUGUGCUAACCAUACAGAAUUUGGCGAUGUGUCGGGGCGAACAUUUUCUGUGAAGUAGUUUUGGAGGUCUGUUCUGAUUUGGGAUACUAUGCUUGGAUCUUGGAGUAGGGAUUCGUUUAGUCUCCAGGAAGUGUGGCCAGGGGAGGGGUAUUGCUCAGCUAUGGUCAGAGUGAUGGGGGCAUGGUCUGACCAUGAUAUGAUACCAAUUUCUGCACUUAUCAUUCUCUCUAGUGAUGUGUUCUUUAUUAAAAAUCUGUCAAUUCUGGAAUAACUAUUGUGUGCAGCGGUAUAGCAUGUGUAAUCGAUUUCAGCUGGGUGGGAAAUUCUCCAUGGGUCUACAAAGUUAUGUGUCGUUAGUAUUCUGCGGAUGUUGGAGGUUUGUGUGUGUCUCUGUUUUGAAGUGGAUAUGGUUACCGUUCUCGCGGCUGAGGAGUCCAUAUUGAUGUCUAGGAGAAAGUUAGUGUCGCCUCCAAUGAUUACCUCCCCAAAGCUGUACAUUGACAGGAGAGAGAACAUGUUAGCUACAAAUACUUGUUGGUUUUCAUUAGGGCAAUAGACAUUUAUCAAUGUAUACGGUUGAUUGUUCAUACGACAUUGUAAGAUAAGGUAUCUACCUUUUUUGUCACUUAUUUUUCGUACAAGUUCAAAAACAACAUUCUUAUUGAUUAUUAUCGAUACCCCUCUUUUUUUUUUGUGGUAGCACGUGUGGUAGUCUACUGGAAACCACGCGGAGUUGAACCUGGGUUUGGAUCUCCACUGAAAGUGGGUUUCCUGAAAAAAUGCCACCUGUGCUCCUUGUUUCUUGGCCUCCUGGAGGGCUAAUCUACGUUUGUUAGGCGAAUUUAAGCCUUUGGCGUUUAGCGAGAGAAAUUUUAGUGGCAUGGUACAGUUUUCCUUCACGUGUUAUGGUUUGAUCACCGACUAGUUCAGUUGGUGUGGUGGGACAAGCACAGGUUUGUUGGGAUGUUACCUAAACUGUGGGAUGGUGACCUGACGGUCAAUCGAGGGGGAUUGGGGGGGGAGUGAACUAUGUACAAUUGCCCGUCAGCCUCUCCGGCUUAGUGCAAAGGUAUGCAGACGGGUACGUGGGGGCCUACCUAGUAAGCCUUACGUGGGGGUCGGUGGUUUUUAAGUAGGUAAGUUGUGAUAACCAGUGUCCACCUCGUAUAGAAGGCGGAGAUUAGGGAAGAAGAGGUAAAGAAAAAGUGAGAAAGAAAAGUUACAAUAAUAAAAACAGGAACAUAUAAAAAGGAAGCAGGUAUAAAGCUAAAAUAGCAGUUAUACAGUUAACAGUGGUCUAACGCCCACCGUGGGCUCCUUUUUUUUAUUUAUUUAUUUAUUUAUUUUUCGUCAUUAUUGCGUCAGAGGUGUGCCAUAUAUAUCAGCACCUUCUUACAUGCAGUCAACCUGUUAAACAUGAAACCAAAUUAAGUAGUAAAGUUACGUGUCCAUGUGCGCAGAUGGAGAGGGUUUAGGGAUGAGGAUUUCUUCGGCUUUGAGGGGUUGUCGUGAUCCAUGGAACGUGUUGCCAGUCUCUCGUCACUUUACGGGGUGGUGGCAUGUCCGAAUUUCUUGGGUCAGUUGUUGGGACAGGAAUGUUCCAUUCACCCAGAAUUUUCCUUCCUUCUUCUGGCGUCAGAAUUGCUCGAUCUAUUCCAUUUCUCUUGAUGAUUAGUUUUGUAGGGAAUCCCCAUUUAUACAAUAUGUUUGCGUUUCGGAGAGCCGUUGUUAUAGGUGCAAAUGAUCUUCUUUUAAACAUGGUGGCCGCUGAUAGGUCUAUGAACAACUUAAGGUCUGUGUAUCCGUCCGGAAGGGGUAUAUUCAGCCUGGAGGCCUGCAUUAUUUGAUCUUUGGCCGAGAAGUAGUGGAUUCUAGUGAUAACAUCUCGGGGAAUGGUAGCUGCCAGAUAUCGUGGUUUGGGCAGUCUGUGCGUUCUGUCAAGUCUUAGGUCGGCUUCAGUUAGCGUUGGGACCAUAGAUUUAAACAGCUUCUGUACAUAUUGUGGGAGGUCUUGUGGUCCCACAUUUUCGGAUAUUCCACGGAUCCUAAUGUUAUUCCUUCUAUCUCGGUCCUCAUUAUCUGCAAUCUUCCCCUCUAAGUAUUUGACCUUAUUUUCCAGCGCUACAUGCGCCUCUGCUAGGUCAUUGUGUGCUUCCAACAGGCCUUCUGUUUUUUCUUCCAAGUGUGCUGUCCUGUCUCCCAGUGCCUGGAUGUCAGUUCUUAUAUCAGAUGCCAUUUUUUGUAUAUCAGAGCAUAGGGCUGCUUUAAGCCUGUCUAGCAUUGUGCUUAUUGAUGCGUCUGUGGCAGGAGUCAUGUCUGUGCUUUGAAAGCUGUUUUGGCUGUCUCCUACCUCAGGUUCUAGUGUGGGGGAUCCUGUGUCUCUGACGCCAUCUUGGAUCUGCAGAGGGGUUGCUUGUUGCACAUUCAGGUGCGAUUCGAUCGUUUUUUGUUUCAUUUUUUUCGAUAUUUUUGCUGUCAUCUUGUUCUGUGUGAUGUUAGUGCCUGGUAGGGCCGUUUUUGGUGGCUGGUUUGCUGGGAAAUCACGCUGUUAAGCCCACGGUGUGACGGAGCUCACCGCUUAUGCGACCUCUUCCAUGCGGUCCGAAGCUCGACACAUUAAAAAAUACUAGAAGGUUCCAGUGAUCAUUUACAACUUUUCAAGGUUAGUAUCCACACAUUACACCAGAAUUUCCCAGUCAACCUUAAGAAUACAAUUGAACUGGCUACUGGGUCUAGGCUACCGCCUUAGCUCACCCUAUUAGGAAAUCCGGUCCCGCGAGGCCAUCUCCCACCUCAACACGGAGGUAUGGCCCCACGCCCAAAUCAUAGUUAUACGCCUCGCCCACUCUACUAUAGGGCUUUAGUCAGGGCCUCACCUGUCAUGGCCACACGUUUUGAAUUCUCUUUACAGUCACCGAGAGGCCAACACCCUGCCACCACGUCUGUGGCCUCAAUUUCCUAAGCCAAAUCAUAGGUAGAGCCUCUCACCGCCACUUGGCAUUAGCAGGGCUUCACCUACCAAAAAUCCCACAGAUAAGUUUUUCGCUUCGGCACCAUCCCUCAUAUCCCCCCCACGUUUCCUUACUCCCCUUCUAAUAUCUCAUUCACAAAAUCAUUUAUUUUAGAAUGUCUCAAGAACCAAUCCCCAUCGAAGAACUGCCAGAAGAGAUACCGUUUACGCCAACCAGACCAGAGUCUCCAGGCGAAUCUCUCACCCCUUCAACUCCCACGUGCUUGAGAGCAUGGACUAUUCCUAAAAUUACGGCCGAGCUUAGGCUCAGGGAAAUCCCCUUUCCAGCCACAGCUAGAAAGGCAGAACUUUACAGGCUGCUUACCUACCAAGCCCCUGAGCCUAGGCCAAGCACUAGCUCUCAAGGACAGCCACCAAGCACUGGCACGGCCACCCAGGAUACCCUGGCAGCAAUCUUGGCCAACCUACAGACCCUUAAUAGCAGGCUAUCUAAGGUGGAGAGCGCCAUCGCCGCCCCAGGUAAUACCCCGGGCCUCCCAGUCUCCACCCCAGCUGUCCCCACUGUACCAGCAUGCGCCCCCAUACUCCCCUCGCCAACACCAGUCACAGCUAUAGCUCCUUUUGAGUCACCAGCUCACUCCGUCCCAGACUCUAUCAGGAAAGAAAUCCUAGACGGGAAGGACGUGUGUCUGGUGUCUCUGCUUGUAGCUUCACAGGACAUACUGGAGAACAAGGCUUACAAUUACGGGGAUAUAUCAGUAGUGCUUAAGACAAGAGAUCCCAGGCUUAAUAAAAAACUUUCAAUUCCCCAGUUCGUGAUAGCUUUCGGAAUAUACCGUGACGUCAUCUGCACGGUGUAUCCCCACAGAAGAGAGGAGUUAGACCUCUACCUUCACAAGGUGAUGGAUCUAGGCAUCAAGUACGGGGGCUCUUCUUUCUAUGACUAUCAUAAGUCAGUAUCAGCGAAGGCGGCGACCAAUCUGAAACAGUUCAACGUUAGAAUUAACUGGUGUCAGAUGGAUACAGAACUAUUCUUUCGCCACUUCACUGGUCUCAGGCCCCCCGUCUUGUUCCAUAUGUAAUUCCACAUCCCACAUGGCGGACUAAUGUCCCUCUGAAGCAGAUCCCACCACCUCCACUCUCACCCCUCAUACCUCUUUCACCCCUCACAACAAACCAACGGGUGGUCUACGUAACAAGCUGGGUAGGCCCAUCUCCUUUUUAGGCAAGGCGCAGGUGUUCAAUAAUUUCAGCGCCGGCUACUGCAGUUUCAGCGCUUGUAGAUUAUUGCACAUCUGCUCCAUUUGCUUCAGGGCACAUACCAAGACCAUGUUGUCCCCUAACAAAUGACUAACCGACAUUAAUGUCGACAACCUGUUUUGUUUUACUUAAGGUCACACCCUAGCAGGCACCUGGUGGAAUAUCUGACCACAGGGGUUUCUCACGGGUAUAGUAGCCAUCCCCUCAGGUACACUUGAAUGUCCUAAUCUCCUGUCAGCACGUGUAGACCCAGUCUCCACAGACACUCUCCUUUCCUCUCUAAUUACCAAUGGUUUCAUGAUCGGGCCUUUCACCUCCUCACCUUUUUCCUCCUGGCGCACUAACCCAAUCGGCGUCGCAGUUCACAAAUAUUCAAAUAAAAAAAACUUCUAAUUGGGGCGGAGCUAACUACUGAACCGACUGGUCGCAUCUUCUGAGAGCUCCGAGACUUAACGGAGAAAAAGCAAGAAAAAAACACUAUUUUACCCCCUCAAAAGCAACCAAGACUGUCCUACUGCAGUGGACUACCAAUGGGCAGGAAAAACAAAAAGCCAAAACAAGAACUGCCCCGGCCGGGCACCAGCAUAGGGGACCUACGGCGGCGAGCACAUGGCGCAUCGGAACCCAGUAUGGACGCCUACCUCGACGACUUCGACGACUCCGAUGAACGACUCUCAGAACUCGAAGUCCCACACUUACCUGUAACACAGGAGGCAGUGCAACCAAGCAAGCAGCCGGACACGGCCCCGGUCACAAAGGCCGAAAUGAGGGAGCUGCUGGCGGAGCUCCGCCGGAACAUCCAAGCGGAUGUAGCCGACAUGAGGAAAGACAUACAGGGACUAACAAACCGCAUAGUGUGCGUGGAACAAGACUCCCUUAACCACUCGAGGACUGUAGCCAGGCUCCAGCAGGAGGUAAACACGCUGCAACAACAGCACCUGAGAGUGGAACGUACACUGGCGGUACUGGAAGACUCGCGCAGGUCCCAAAAUGUAAAGAUUCGAGGCAUAGCGGAGUCGGUCCCAGAUUCAGAACUCCCUCACCUCAUGAGGCGCCUAGUGGGUAACAUACUCCAGCCGAAGCAAGCUAAAGGGGUAGGCCUGGAUGGCAUAUUCAGAAUCCCCAAACCGCCAACGGCUCCUCCGGCGGCACCCAGGGACGUAAUUGUUAAAUUUCAAAAGCGGCAGGACAAAACAGCGGUUAUGACCGCCAUUAGGGGAAACACACCAUACCCCUUCGAGGACAUGGCCCUCUCCCUACAUGCAGAUUUAUCCAGAGGAACUAUGGCCUGGCGCUCAACUAUGAGACCCUUCACUACCCUACUCCGCGCCCGUAAUAUUAAAUAUCAAUGGCGCUCACCACACAAGCUCCAAGUGUUGCAGGGAGACAACACAUACCUUAUAACGGACCUGCAGGAGGCGAAGACACAACUCGCCACCUUGGGCCUCCCACCAGACGCUCUGCAGCUACCAAACAACCCCUCCAGACCACAUGUAUGGAACCCUGCUAACUCUGAGACUUUCGUUCCCAGGAGUUCACGGCCAGUGGCCCGACCUGAGUGCACUUAACGGCCUGACUGAGCCGCACCACGCACACUAUUGUGGGACUUAUGUGAAUUUGGUUUAAAUAAUCGGUUAUAUUUUUGCCUACACUGUUAGCCCACACCCUAGCCGCGGACACCCCGCAUUAUUUUGCACCCCUUCACCCUACUCAGUUGGUAACCUUAAGUUGAGUUGCAACCUGACUGAGCACAAGCCCUAGCGGGCUGGUUGGGUCCGUUACCAGAAAACACCUCAUCUGACCCAGCACUUACACGGUCCCCCUGGCAAAUUCAACCUUACUUGGCCCAUUAAGGGCCAUACCACAGGGGCCGAUAUGCCCACGGCAUGUAUUUGUUUUACUCUGCUCAGUUUUGUUUAUGUUUUAAAAAAAUUUUUUGCGCCAUGUUAACGAUUGUACUUCAAUCCUAAUAUUACACGGUAAUGUUUCUAAUGGGGCGGAAAGGUUUAGACAAGGGAGCAAUGACAUGUGACGUAACAAUUGGUACCGACCCUAAGCUAUUGUUUUGUUUUUUUUCUCAUUUACGCAGUUCAUUGUGACAGAAGGAGUUACAGCAUGUACCUAGCUUGAACAGUUACCUAACAAAGCGCGUUAACACUGCAUGCCCAAUAAAGCAACUGUCUUAGCACUUACUAAACUCUGACGUUUGACCUAAUCUGCGCAGGAACAACUCUGACUUGAGGCUGGUAUACAGGACAAUAUAGCUACCACUACCCUAUAGUAUGAAUAAUGUAUAGAGCCCUGAUGCGUUACUGAACCGAGCCCUAUGUAUAGCACACUAUCUGAAGCCAAUAACAUACCCAAUGGGUGGGAAUGUAAUGUAUUAGAGCAUUAACCUAUCGCUACCUACUAGCUCCCCUUAAAAAUUUGUGCUGGUUUACAAAUGCCAUAAUGUUGUUUUUCUCUACUGUUAUUAUUGUACUUGCCCAUGCUGUCGUGGCAGUGCAAGUCCUUUUGUUAUAACAUGCACAACAAAAAUAAAGAAUUUAAAAAAAAAAAAAAAUACACUUAGAAUGAAAUUUAAAAAAAAACAAACAAAAAAAAAAACUUCUAGACGAAGUCUCACUCCAGUACGUAACUAUUGACGACGCUAUACAGGCCAUCAUCUCUUCUGGUAAUCGCCCCUGGCUCAGCAAAACAGACAUCACAAACGCGUUUAAGUCAUGCACCCCUCACUCUGGCACUUGCACAGUGUUAAAUGGCGAGGAAAGUACUACUUCUCCACACGACUCCCUUUCGGUUCUCGAAGCAGCCCCAAAACUUUUCGAUAUCUUCGCUGAGACACUAUGCUGGCUGCUUCUGAACUUCCUCAGGUGUCACUCCGUUAUUCACUACCUAGACGACUUCCUACUGAUAGAGCCAGGUGCACAAACACCCACUGCUAUCAGCCGCACUACAGCACUUUUUUCCACACUUGGAGUACCUUUGUCCCCAUCUAAACCAAUUGGUCCCACAACUAAAUUAACCUUUUUGGGGAUAGAGCUAGAUUCCGUUACCCUCAGAGCUAGCCUUCCCCAUGACAAACUGACCCGCUUGAGAGGGGAGAUAGACCCAUCAUUCACACAGAUGCUGCAGCCAACACUGGUUUCGCAGCCAUCUUUGGGAACCACUGGUUUAGGGGUCACUGGCCCGCUGAGACGGAUGCCUUGCCUGGAUUCAGGGAGACCUCAGCCCUAUUUGAUAUCUAUCCCAUUGUGGCGGCUGCACACACCUGGGGUCAUCUCUGGUCCGGCAAGGCAGUAAAAUGCUACUCUGACAACUCGGCAGCUUGCGAAAUCAUUAACAAGGGGUGCUCAUCAUCCCUGACCAUCAUGCGGCUGAUUCGCAAGCUGACCUGGCUAGCAGUAACCGGUCAGUUUCACUUAGUUUGUUUUCACAUUCCGGGUAUCCACAACACUGCAGCUGACGCUCUUUCUCGCUCUCAAUUCCAGGUAUUCUCUCAGGCACUCCCUACGGCUCACCUCCAGCCAUCCAGGACACCACAGUUUCACAAACUAAUCCUGGACUGAGCACACUAAUGCAUCACGCUAGGACUCUCACUUACCAAGCACUCUCACCUAACACAGCUAUCUCUUAUAAUAGGGCACUUACCAUAUUUAACAAAUUCACUGCAGAAUUCGGUUUACAAGGCGACCUUUCUACACAAACCAUGGUGGCUUUUGCCUCUUUCUGCCACUUACAUCUUAAACUAUCCCACAACACCAUAAAACUUUACCUCACCAAUUUUCCUAACAACACCCUCUUCUUGUCAUCAUAUCCCAUUAAAAAGGUAUUCAAAGGUAUGUUAAAGGUUUCAGCUCCUCUCACUAUCACAAGACUACCUAUAGAUGGGCCUAUCUUCAGAUCACUUAGCAAUCUCCUUGACGAAUCCCCGUUUGAUCCCGACACAAACCUGGUGAUCAAAGCGGCUAUCUAUCUUGCUUUCUACGGUUUUCUCAGACCUAGAGAGUUCACCGUUGUUCGUCAAGAGGAUAUCACGCACAGCCUAAAAACAUCGCAUCAUGGAGGAUCACUAUCUACUUUCGAUCCCGUCAACUAAAACCAACCAUUCACUACACCCCACUGUAAUUCCUCUCUUCCCUACUGAUAAUGCCUGGUGUCCGGUCAAGGCGCUAGACCUCCUACGGUCAACCCUUCAUGCGCACUUACCAGAUUCUGCGCUCUUAUCAAUACAAGGUCACCCGCUUACCACUGCUGAAUUCACGUCUCACGUCAGAACACUUAUCUAAACUGGGUUUUAAUCCGACUUCAUUCUCCGGGCACUCCUUUCGCAUAGGAGCCGCCUCUUCAGCCUCCAGCACUAAUACACCGGUCCACAUCAUCAAGAGACUGGGACGAUGGAAAUCCUCCAUAUGCCAUACUUAUAUUCCACGACCAGAAAAAGAGCUUCUUCAAGCUUUCAGGAACUUGGUUGUGUAAAAAAAACAAUAAAGUGUGUAUUUUCUCGAACUUCUCUUUUGCCCUCUUUUAUUUACAGGCCCACUCGCACGUUGGUUUCGGCACACCACAACCAACUUUGUACUUACAGAUACUAUCCAUUACGUAUUAAAUUCCGAACACACACACACCCACACCCACACCCCCACCACCACCACCACCACCCCCUGCAAAAAGCUUCCCAUAAUAAAUAUAUAUAUAAUUUUAUGGGAAGCUUUUUGCAGAUAUGUGUGUGUGUGUGUGUGUGUGUGUGUGUAUGUGUGUAUGUAUAUAUAUAUAUAUAUAUAUAUAUAUAUAUAUAUAUAUAUAUAUAUAUAUAUAUAUAUAUAUAUAUAUAUACACAAAUACACACAAUCGUGUAAACUCUAGAUUGCACCCAUAUGCUAAGAAAUGAGCAGCAACAGGUAUUUUGGUGUCCCUCAAAAUCCAGUAAAGAUGAGCAUAACAUGCUACUCCGAUCUAAGGAAUAUUUGCAGUUUUCUUGGUGGUAAUUUAAAGACUCAUACCCUGCAUUUUGUAAGCCUUCACUGGCUCCCAAGUUCUAAUCAGAACAGACUACAAAGUAAAUCUUAUCACACUAUUAUUUAUAUAUAUAUAUAUAUAUAUAUAAUAAAAUAUUAUGGGAAGCUUUUUGCAGAUAUGGGGUUUCACCUAUAAAUCCAUGGUGGUCUACUUUGGAAUCGCAUAGUAUACCUCAGUUUUGUCAAAACCAGUCCUCAAGUCACACCUAGCAGUCCAGGAUUUUGGAAUUACCCAGUUAUGUCUAAAGUUUUUUUUUUUUAAAAGCGGGAAAAACAAAAAGGCACAACUGGGUAAUCCCUAAAUCCUGGACUGGUUUGAAAAUCACUGGUAGUCCAGUGGAGAAGCAUGUGGACAGAACCUUUGGCUGGUGCAGACCACAGAACGCCCUUCCAGUCAGAACUCAAAUAAGAGGACCUAUACAACAUUAUGUUCAUUAUGACUGACUUGCAUUCUUAAGUGUCUUUACAUAUCGAUGUGUAUUUGAAGAGGAGCUUACUUUCUCCCCUAUAAAUUGGUCACUCGCUCUGUGACACAUGCUGGCUUUGCAGUUACUAAUGGGGCUUGUGUCGAAUGAGGGUUACUGGUUGACCAGCAGAUUUGUACUGUCCCUUUAAACUGCUAAUUACAUGAUAAAAUCACUUAGUUUAACUCCACUACUGAUGGACAUUAAUAUCAGCGGCAGGGCCACACUUACAAUAAACUACUGCUUUCAUGCAGCAUAAUAUCUUUGCCUGUUGUUGACUUAAAGGGUCACUAUAGUGUCAGGAAAACAAACUUGUUUUCCUGACACUAUCUAAUCCUUAGGGCACCCCUCCCGCUGUGCUGAAGGGGUUAAAACCAGCGCAGGGCUUCCUCCGCGCUGAUGACCUCUCCUUCCUACGUCAGCUCCCGGACAGGGCCGCGCGCGCAUUAAAAACACCUAUAGGAAAACAUUUCUCAAUGCUUUCCUAUGGACGUUCUGUGUGCUCAAUGCGAUUUUCGCAUUGAGCGUCGGGGAAGCGCCUCUGCUAUGUUUACAGCAGCAGGGUUAAAACCUGGUGGACGUGGCACCCAGACCACUUCAUUGAGCUGAAGUUGUCUGGGUGACUAUAGGGGUCCUUUAAUACUUUGUUUGUUUGUUUUUUUCUAUAUUUUAUGCUCCCUCUGUCAGAGAAAAUAAACUAUAAUUAUGUGACUUGAGAGAAAAAAUAAUCAGGUUUACAUUUGUCAUUUUUGUUACCUCACAGAUCAUGGAUACCAGGGCACCUGCUGCGACCAUUGCAGGUGCAGCUACAUCUGCCAGCCCAAAUUAUUCCAGGACCCCAGAAGAGGAACCAUUUGCAGUAGAGCAGCCUAUGUUUUUAAUGACAACCACUGCUCAGGCCAUAUCUGGAUUCUUUGUAUGGACUGCCCUGCUGAUCACUUGUCACCAGGUAAAUUGACUUUCCAGUCAAUUCUUUCUAGUGUUCUAGUGAGUACUUUGUUGUUGAAACAUUGAAGACAAACCAAAAUAUGCAAAAAUGUAAAUAAUUUACCAACCUCCCAUUUACAGUGCUGGGAAUGCGCAAAUCAAAAUAAGUUACUUACUUUUUGUGUUUCCUGAACCUUUUAUCGUCUUCUUCUUUUUUUUUUUUUUAUUACUUAAUACAGUAGUGUCAGUCCACAUUAUCUUCAUUUUUUAAUUACUUAUUUAAUAGCAUGUUUACAGAAAGCACUCGACUUGAUUAGUGGAGGGGAGAGUUUGAGUUGGUAAACCCUAAUUUUUCCGUAAUGUGGCAGACCCCUGACAUUUUACUUGUAGGUUUGGUAUUAUUAUUAUUAUUACAAAGAACUGGAUGCAACAUUGUCAGUGUACCUUGAGCUGUUGAUACUUGUAAGAGGCGUGUAGAUUCUUAAUUCUUUUGGGACCACAGACAAGAGUACCGGUAGAUAAAAUACUUAUUGAUAUUGGUUGUUAGUCUUCUGUUACCAUAUAAUCAGGAGCAUAAAUAUGUAAGCAUUGCAUUAAACCAUAGGUCUUUCACACAAUAGUAAAAAAUACAUUUACAUUAUGUAUUAUACUGUUGGGUAUGGCUAUUCCCUCUGUCCUCCAUGCUUUGCUAAUGUAACUGCCUAAACUCACAUGGCCAGAUAAAACAAAAGAUAGCUUUAGAAAUAGUUUGGGCCAAACAGGAGAAUAUCUGCUUCUAGUUAUUGCAUGGGUUAGAGUUCACAUUUGUUCACUUACAGAAACAAUCCAAGCACCAUAACCACUACAGCCCACUAUAUAGUGGUUUUGGUUCCAGGAAUGCCUUGGUGCGCUCACAAGUUAAGUAGUCAAAAGGUGGUUCGCUGUGUGCCUACUCCUCUUCAGACAGAAGCUACUGUUUACCUUAAGCUUACCCCUGUUACCAAAACCACUGCAGUAUGGUAUCUGUAGUGUUUACUGUUUAACUCUCCAAAUUAAGAAAUUUGGAGCAAUUCUGUUUAUAAAUUUGCUAAAUUCCUAAACUUCGCUUUUGAGAUGUGCCAUAUUUCAGCAGAGUUAAAUUGCUCAUUUGUGUGCAAUAGUAAAAUUUUGGCUCAAAUUCUCUUUAAUUCAAGUAAGACCAUCUGAUACCUUAUAACACUCUGCCCACUGCAUUAUUAACUUUUAGGUCAUAAUGUUGGUACAAGGUUCUUAAUUAUGCCAUUUCCAUUAAAAUCUUGUUCCACGCUGAUGGUUCCUUGAGGCUAAAAUGUGACUUGUUGCAGCUGUCUCUCCGUGACCUGUCAUGUGAUUUGCUGUGUGUGACCUCAUAUGGAGCAACUCUCAAUGUGAGCAGGAAGGAAAGGAAGCUGCUUUGCUGGAGCAGAGCAUGGCUUCAUGGCUAAAAAUAACGAUUCAGAACUGCACGUGAGCUGUACUAAUUUACGAUUUUAAUAUAAUUAAAAAAAUCACAGACCUACGCUACACAGUAAUUGAUGUCAAUACUAUUUCUGUUCUCUACAGGUUAGUUCCACUCGCCUGACUGCCAUGUAGUAAUACCAGAGCACAUCCUUUGGCACAGCACACAGAUCAAGCCAGAAAUAUUGACUACCAAAUUUGAUGUCUUUUGAUAGAAUCAUUUUUGUAAUUAAGAUGUUUGAGAUUUUUCCCUAACAAGAUAAAAGUAAGGCAUCAGAAAGUUCUCCUAGCAGAGAACAAUGGUAACAAGUAAUUCAAGAACUAGGCGGGUUCACCAAGGUGUGAGUGGGAUAACUGAAAUACGGUGACAUGUAGGUCGUAAACAAUAUAGAGAACAGAGAGGAAGGGCAGUAGAGUAUCUCCUAGCAAGGCGUGAUGGGGCUUAUAGAAGAGAGGGUGUAGUCUGCAUCCUUCUAUGGAGAGGCUUCCCAAUAUCCUAUACUUCCUCCACUGCCAUAGAAAAUGCAGUAGAACUGGGCAAUGAUGUGUUUGAGUUGCAUUGGGGUACCCCAUAAUAUUGCGCAGGGGUACUAUGUCCCCAUAAUAUUGCGCAGUGGCCCUUUGUCCUCUAGGGACACCCAUUUGGCCCUAUUGUUCACUGAGUUUAUCUGGGAUAAUAUUGCAAACUGAGUUGCUUAAUCGUAUGAGAAAAAAUGAGGUGCCGCCAUCCCCUUUUAGUUGAUUUAGUUGUGGCUUGGUGAACAUUCCCCUGCUGCCCUGCCAUGUGAAAGAAUUUCCUCAUGGAGAGAGGCCAAGUCCCUUUGCUAAUGCGGCAAUGGUAUGGAAAGGAAUAGGUAUACAAUUUUUGACAUUUUUACACCGUACAUUUGCCACAAAAAUUAAAUGUCGCCCAUUGAGCUAUAAGCCCAUAGUUCGCUCCCACAAUUUCGGUCCAUCGCGGGGCGACCUGGAUCCAGAAGGAGGUGAUGGAGUCUGUUCGCCACUUGAAUGGAUAGGUCCUCUCCAAAUGGGAAACUAGGGAUGGGGGCAAAUUAAAAUUUAGGGCUUUGCAUUUGAAGUGAUUAAUCUUUUUAGGUUGGGCAGAGUGACCUUCGGGGAUGUCAAGGUAAGCAAGAUAUCAUCCGCAAAUAGGAUAAGUUUGUAUUCCUUUUCCUGACUCUCACUCCCCUAAUGUUGCCACUUUUGCAGAUCUAGUCGGCAGGAGCUCAAUUGCCAAAAUGACAUUUCCGCGAAGGAGUUGCCCCACAAUUACGAAAUUGAAAAUAUCCUAUUGGAUACUUCAGCAACGAUUCCCAAACCAAGACACGGGGGUGGCUAUACUGUUUGCAUCGCAUGUACCGUUUUUAUACAAAGAUCAUCAAAAUUAUGACAAUGGUAGACUACUCAUGGUCAAAGGCCAAUUGGGCCAAAAUGUUAUCACUUUCCACAAUUUAGAUCUACUGAACAGAAAGCAGGGCCUUACUUUUAGAAAAUGUAUCAGAAAAAUAGAACAAUUCACUGAAGGUAUCCUAAUUUUAGGAGGUGACCUUAACACAUCACUCUAAUCUAUUUUAGACACAACUUCUAAAGGCAACUCUCUGGGCAAUGGGAUUCGGACUUCACUGGCUGCAAUGGAUAGACGCUAUCUAUUCAAGGCCAAGCGCAAAGCUCAAGAUUCGUGGGCAACUAUCUGAAUCUGUGCACAUUCGAAUGGCACAACAGAGGGGUGCCCCCUCUUACCAUUACUAUUCAUACUCAUUCUAGAACCAUUCCUCCAGGGAAUGAUGGAUAACCCCAAUAUAACAGGCAUGAAAGGACAACAACAAGAAUAUAAAGUAGCUGCUUUCGCGAAUGACCUCCUUUUUACACUUACAAAUCCGACGACAUCCAUGGCCCCACUCAUCAAGGAAAUCACAACAUGUAACCAUCUCUCAAACGUCAAAGUAAAUUUCACGAAAAGUGAAAUAAUGCCCCUAAAACUCAUACUACAUAUGCACUCAAAAAUAUAUUCCCUUUUGCAGAUACGGCGAUGAAAUAUUAAGGGGUUCUUUUACCGUGCAAACUUGAAUCCCUCUAUGACCUUAACUUUGUACCUCUCCUACAAACCAUAUCUAAAGAUCCUUCAAAUUUGGAUAAACCUCAGUUUGGAUGGCCAUGCAGAAUACACAUACUAAAAAUGAACAUUCUCCCUAAAAUUCUUUAUCUGCUCCAAACACUCCCUAUAAGGAUACCCAAGUCCUUUUUUUCCAUAAAUAGAAAAAUGUUCCAUAAAAAAAUGUUCCAUAAAGUUCACAAGAGUCAUUGUAAAUGCAUAUCAAGAUGGCAUUAUACACCAGCACAGAUACAUCGCGAGUUUCCCACUUCCUCAGUCAGAUGCUGGAGAUGCGGUGCCCACAGGACCUAUAUGGUGGACGUGCCCAAUAAUAAGAGUGUACUGGGGUAAGAUAAUCAUACUUGUACGCACAAUUACUACAGUGACCCUGACCAUUACACCUGAGGCAUGCCUCUUCCUUCAGUACCCCACUCCAAUGCCAAAAUUCUGGCGCACACUCAUUCACCACCUAAUAACUGUGGCCAACCUGCUCAUCCUAAUUAAGUGGAAAAGCGCUUUGGCCCCAUCAGUAAAAGAAUGGAUUAGCAAAGUAGAGUCUGUACGAUUGAUGGAAUUAACUUAUUCCCGAUCGUACAAAUACGCAAUAUGUAACAAUACUUGGAGUCUGUGGACCCAAUUCCUAGAAAGCAACCACCCAACUUGAUAAUCAGGAGUGUUUAUUCAUCAGAAAUCUGAAACAAUACCCCUUUCAGACCAUAAGCUACUCACCCUUAAGGGAUCAGACUCCAAUUCCAGCCCCACUAGAUGCACACAGGGUUAUUAGUCCAUUUGGGACUAGUCUUUGACAGACACGAUUGAAAUACUUUACAUUAUCUUCCUAACAUUAGGCUUUAAGUUAAUAGAUAAUACCUCUCUGGUUAUAUGCUUGGAAAAACACAAUCUCCAUUAAGCAGACGUGGCAGUCCACUCUAUCCACGUCAGGGUCAGCGACAGGAGGAACAAACGCUCUUUAGGGACCGUUUCACUUAUGGUUCAAUCAGCUUCAUGCUCACAGAUAUCUGGGAUAUGCACAUCCUACCAAUCCAGGACAUUCUUCUAUGUAAUGGUGCUUGAAUGUCACCUCAAUUUAGAGGUUUGACAAAACGAAAUGAAGGCACUUGUAUCACAUAUCCAAGAUUAAGAUUAUUGUAUGUAAAUGAUUCAAUGUACCAUAUGCGUACCUCAGAUGUCACGUGUAAUGUCUGAGUUUAACAAUUUUGUAUUCUUUCUUUACAUGUCAAUGUCAUCGCUACUGAGCAUUUUGUCAAUGUCUGUCAUAUUUUGUAUAUGUUUAAUAAAAGAAAUGUAAAAAAACAAAACAAAUUACCAAAAUGAAAAGUAGAGGAAACAGUGGGCAUUCAUUUGUCCACCCUCACCACAGAUCCAGCAACCUUAUUCCCUUCAUAAAAAUGGCCACUGAUGCCAAAGCGACGCAGGGUCCACCAUAGAUAGGUCCAAUCUACCCUAUCCCUAAAUCUUUAUAGUUAGCCACCGAAAAGCCGUCCAGCACUGGUGCUUUAAAUUGUUUUAGAAUUUCCCUGUUGAUAUACUUUAUAUCCUCCCCCUGCUGGGUCGGCAAACUGCACUGUGAGAGGUAACCACCUAAAUUCCCCUCCCUCCCACCUCCCCGCCCCGCCCCAGAAGGCACAUUAAGACACUUCUUGGUUCCCAACUAUAGGGACCUAAAGUAAGUCUCAAACAUUAAGAAAAUGUAUGGAGCACACUGUGCAUUACCUGAUUUGCUGCUGUAAGCGCUUAGCCAAGAUUGUAUCCAGUUUGUUUCCUUUGUCAAAAUAUUUUUGAUUAGUCCAUUGCCCAGUGGGGUAACAGUAUGUUUAGUUGGCCCCGCAUAUCCACCAGGGUGAGCAAUAUUGUAGGGUCAUUAGUACAUUUUUGACGAACGCUGGGUGGCCUUUGUUCGUUUGCCGAACACGUAGCAGCGGCCAAACUAUGGAACUGAAAACAAAAACUUAUUUACACGAACACCGCUGAGCCGCCAGCCUCCUUACCUCUGCAUUCGGUAGUGGAACCGAAUGACUGUUCAUUCGGUAGUUUCACCGUAUGAGCAGCAUUAUCCCAGAUAGCCAUGCCAUGGAGCCUGUUCAUGUAACGAAAGACUAUGGGAAAAACUUUGGCUCCAUGGCUAUUGAACUGUAUGUAUGUGAUCUGAGUGCCAUUCGUUAAUAAUGUGCGUUCAGAUCUAAGCUAUCUGAGGAUAUGUAGAAUGUGUGUGUUUUAUAUGAUCAAUGUAACCGUAUGUAAUUUUAUGUCUUUUUACUGAAAAUGUGUGUAGUGGAGUUUUGCCUCUGUCCUUGGAGAUAAUUGGAUUACUUCCCAAUUAUCUCCAGACCAGAGAGGAGGGAUUGUGAUGCAUUGUGGGAUUGUUGAAAUGUGUAGGUCUGUGAUUGGUCCUUUUGCCCUGUGUGUCCCGGUCUUCCAUCUGGUCCCCUAGGGGAGUGUCCACCAGGUGGGAGGCCUGCAGAAAAGCUGGGAAGUUAGCCCCAGUAAACCAGAUUCUGCUUGACCCUCAAAACGAAGUGUCGUCUCGUUCUUGGGGGGAAUUGGAUUGUAUGCUGAUUGCCAGGAGUGUAAGCUGAGUGUAUGCUUUUCCUGUUCGGCUGUUUCCAGUAUUCGUGUGUUUCCGGUUCGGGAGUUGGUGAAUUUGUGUAGUUUGCCGUUCGGGAGAUUGGUGCUUGCAGUAGCUGCCUGUGCAUCUGGAAAGGGGAAUAUCGCCUAAACGGGUUUUAACCUCUGGUGUGCAAAACGGUCCAUUACAGUGUAUAACUUGUACCAAACUGUUUAAAAAAAAAAAAAAAAUUACAAAAAAUUGUGUAGAUCUUUAGUGCCAAAUUGUGAAUUUGUUUAAUAAUAAUGUACACGUGCUGUUGUGGCACAUUAUUCAUGCCUGUUAUUUCCACGCCAAAGAAAAAUAAAGAAUUAACAAAACAAAAAAAACAACAAAAAAAUAAUAUAUGUAUGUAUGUAUAUGAAAAUUUUUUCUUUAUCUACACAAAACCUGCUGUGGAAAUUGACCAGACACACAGUACAUUUUGUGAUGGGGAGUUUUGUUUUCACUCGCGUAAUUUACAUUUGUGGUUAGGUUGUUUUUUUUUGUUGCCCCCUCCCUCAUCCAUUGAGCUUGCAUCUUGUAUCAACAUACUCUUCGAACAGGUGAUUAUUAUUGUUUUAACCAUGUAGCACACUGCUGCUACCAAAGCAACAUAACUGACACCCAGCAACAGACAACAGGUGUGCAGCAAAUGACGUGGGUUAAACUCUCUUACAGUGAUCUUGUGAGACUGAAAAUGUAAUUGAUAAAAUCCGUCUGCAUUGAGGCUAUUUGUAAAAACAACCAAUUAACCCAUUUCUUUUAGUGAAAUAAAAAUUCUGUAAAUAUAAAUGGCUAAUAAAGCAGCCUGUCAUGCCAGCAUAGCAGUAAGAAUGAGAUCUGCAAAACCUGCGUAUCUACAAAUUAUAAUUUUUUCUGUAAAUAUAAUUUUUAUUAUUUUCGGUGCAUGUCAUUGAACAUAUAUGCCAAGCAUGUAGCAUAAACAAGGAGACACGCAGGUCUCGGGCAAAAAUGGCAAAAAGAAAGCCAUGGUUCAGUAAAGUGUGGGCUCGCAGGCCCCUGUUUCAGUGUAUAGCUUUUUGGCUCGCAGGCUUCAAUCACGACCCCCCCUACCAGGAAUGAAGGUAAUCGCAUUACCACUAUUAUAAAAACUAACACUGGAGUCAGACAUCCUAAUUGGAGGCCCACUAUUGAGCACAUGACUCCUUCUCUCACCAAAUAACCUAGUGUAGCCACUCUUUUAACUCUUGUUUAAAAAGUGUUCCUCAUAGAAUUCUUCUAACGAAUGCUCAAAAACAAAAUGUGCCAAUGUACUUAGUGUUUUUGUACAUAUUCUUUAAUAUUCAUUUUGUACAUGUGACUCACUCUGUUUUUAUCGUGCACAACCAAAAUAAAGCAUUAUAAUUUUUUUUUAAUAAAAGUAAGGAAUAAUGGAAUGAAAACGAUAGACGGGAUUAAAUGAAUUGAAAAGUGAAAAUAGAUCAAAUAGACAGAGGCCUUUGUUAUUAUUAUUUUACAGAGCCCUGGGAUCUAAACUGCAAGGAGCAUGUAUAACCUUUCUAUGGAUUUAGAGCUGUAUUAAUAAUGAUUCUAUUUAUGCGAUCAAGGUCACUUGAUGCAUAAAUUAGAUUUGCAUUUUAAAUGGGUACAAACUGACAUUUCUAUUAAAAGAUCAUUUUACAAUUGUGACGAGGAAAUGGGCUCUCAAACUGGAAAAUAAAUGGCAAAAAAAAUUAGCAAUGCUCUAAAUCGGGGGUAGUCAACCUCUAAAUACCUACUUUGUUGAUGGUAAAAUUUCCUUACCGCCCAAAGUGCCGCAGCAAAAAAUGUUAGCGCAUAAAAAAAUAAAAAAAUUCUUAUAGAAAGUGUUUUUUUGUUUGUUUUUUUUUUAAAAUAUGUACUUGUUUAUCUAUUUUUUUCUAUUCAACUUUUUUUUUCUGUGUGUUUGUAUGUGAGGGGUGUUGUGUUUGUGUGUGAGAGUGAAGGGUGCUGUGCGUGUGUGCAGGUGCGUGUGUGUGUGGGGAGGGGGGGAGACAGCCUGUGUGUGUGUGUGGGGGGGGGUGUAGUAUGUGAAGGUCUAUUCUGUGUGUUGGUGGGUGAGAUGUGAUCUAUCUUAAUGUCUUCCCCUCCCUUCUUACCUUUUUCCACGGAUGGGGGACAUAAUGCUGCAAGCCCUGGUGGUUCAGUGGUGGCAUGUUCACUUUAGUCUGCAGCUCCCCCGGCUGCAGGCUGACUCUGCUGUCCUCCUGCGAGCACAGCAUGUAUCUGAGCAUUGCCACGUUAACGCACAGCAACGCUUCAACCAGCCUGCUCGCGGGAGAAAUACAAAGCCUCCUAGGCCCUUCCUUCCCUCUGCUGGAGUGCCAGCGGCCGGGGAGGGAGAUCUUUGAUCUCCUCACUAGCCCGAAACGGCAUACAGCAAGGUUGGUUCUGCGUGGGCCGGCAGGGGAGUUGAAAGGAUCUCCCGUGCAGGCCUUUGUUCACUGCCAUCGAGACCCACUGGGCGUUUUCUGCAGAACCCAACACCGCCCUCCUGAAAUCCCAAACCACCCACUAGUGGACGGAAGGGACCAGGUUGACUACCGCUGCUCUAAAUGAAAAUACACUGUGACAUUUUCUCUGUGUAGACUGUGUGUAAUUUUGUUUGUUUAAUUACAUUUAUUUUCUUCUUCUACACAAUAAUAGUUGGCUUGUAUGUAUGUACAUGUGUAUGUAUCUCCCCUGCCAGUAUUCUUAAAAGGACACUAUAGUCACCAGAACAAAUACAACUUAAUGUAGUUGUUCUGGUGUAUAUUGCCUGUCCCUUCAGACAUUUUAAUGUAAAUGCUGCCUUUGCAGUCACUCAAACAGCCACUAGAGGUGCCUCCUGGGUCAGUGCUGCACAAUGUGCAGUGACAUUUAUCGUCUCCAAGCUCUGCAUUGAGACACUGAACUUUCCCCAUAGAGGUGGGUUGAGUCAAUGCAUGUCCACGUGGAGCUCUGUGGAAUAUGUUGGUGCUAUAUGCAUAAUGUUGUCUACAUAUAAGGGUAGCCUGGGUUGUGGAUGCGCAGGGACCAGGUAUAAGAUCAAUAUUAAAUAAAUGUGGAAGGGAAGGUUUAAAGGAUAAGGCAGGUGGGUCCAAAGAGUUGUGAUCAUUGCCUGCAUCAUUGCCAGGAAUCCGUAAAUUAUUCAGAUUCCUGAAGGAUGUUUAAUUUUACUUCUGAAGGUGUCUCAUCACAGUGUUCUUCUUGUUGCACUCAACAAUGUAAAAUGCUGUGGAAUAUGUUUGGCACUUAAUUCAAAUGUCACAUAAGUAUUUCCUCCUGAGCAGAAGAAAUCUGCUUAGCAUUGGAAUGUUUCCAGGAAAAACAAAUUUCAGGACAAACUAAUGUCUGCUCUUGCGACUUUCGGUUGAUCUGAAAUUACCAAUUUUUAUAGAGUUACCAGACUGCUUAAAGGGGCACUCUACAAUUUAAUGUUUUGGUUCAGUUGCCUUGAGUCUAUGGGCACACUGAUAUUGUGUAAAUAUUAAGAUAGUUUUUGUUUUGUGAAACGGCUCCUGAAUGAUUUGACAUAAACAUAGUGCCUAGAAUUUCUUGGUAACAUUUCAGUUACUCUGAGCUGCCCCUUUAAACUCGGCACUGUUACUGGAAGUGCAUGUUAAAGUGAGCCAACAAAAUGCAGGAUGCAUUGUUCAUACACAUCUUCCACUAAUUAGCAGAACUGCUGACCAUCCCCCUCCCCUUCAAACCAUUAUUACUCUGUUUAUAUGUAAGAAAUACAAAAAAAAAAGGUAUUUACAUUAAAUGUAAUGUAAAUGUACUCGAUUUCUUUGACAAGGUGGAUUUACUGUAGUUUUCUGUUAUUCUCCCUAGAUAUACAUGCACCUACGAUCCUAUAGCUGCCCUAAUGAGCAGAGACACAUCGUACGGAUCCUUUUCAUCGUCCCCAUAUAUGCUUUUGACUCUUGGCUCAGCCUCUUAUUCUUUACAAACGAUCAAUACUAUGUUUACUUUGAUACAGUGCGGGACUGCUACGAGGGUAAGUAAAACUGAUAAUUUUGUUAUCUUGGUGUAUUAACACUAUCUGUGUACAAAAUGAGUAAUCGAUUUAUAUGAAAUAGUAUAUUUCUUUUAGGAAACUCUAAUAUAAAGAUUAAACCUUUCAGCUAACAGAGUAUUAGGUAACCAAGUAGCACAAAACCAUGAAUAUUAGGGACACAUUAGGACUGAUCAAUCAUGGGAGUCUGAAUAAGAGCCAAAGAAAGAAGGUUCUUGGUAACCAUUCUCUAGACGUGUGGGUGUGUGUGAAAAUGCUUGUCCCAUGGCUAUCCAUUUGCAACUUACUGCAAUAAGCCCUUCAGAGGUUACUACACCAUUAGCCAGUUCUAGCCAUCACAUUUUAUUUCAGUAGGAAUUGCUUAGCACAUCAUACUACAUAGUUCAGUCCUUUGUUAUUCCAGCUGCUAAGACUGUAGAUAGUAGCUAACCAAUCGUGUGAUUCAUAGUGUAUUGAAUGAAGCUGUAGAAAGAAGCAUGUGCCUGCCUGAGCAGCUCCUUUUCAGAAAGCAGUGGGGACAAUUGGAAAGAUUGGGAUUUAUGUAAUGGGGGAGGGGGGAGGGAAGGCAUAGAAGACCUACAGUCAUACUGGUAUGGUCAUUGGGAUGCUUUUUCUGUGAUAUACCCCCUCACCCACCCCACUAUUUCCAUUAAUAGUAAAUAGAAUAAGUAGAAAGGGGCAUACAAGAUUAUAUCAUGCAAUUGCUCAUGGAGUGUCCCUUUGGCAGUGUCCAUGUAUGUGUUGUAACAGGAACACACCAAGAUUAUUGAUAGUUGAUAUACAGAUCUUAAAAUGUCUUAGUUCAGUUUCAAUGCCUUCAGUAAUGCAUAAGAAUAUAUGGUCAGAAUCUUGAAGGCUCAAGGUUUUCAACCUGCCAGAUCCCAAACAUAAGAAACCUAGAAUAUCUGUACAUUUGUCAUUUUAAUAAAAAAAAAAAAAAAAAAGAUGCUCAGGGAAAUAGGGUUUGGUUAAGGAUUGAGAUAUUAUUUAGAAUACUUAUGUGAAAUGUUGAUAACUGCACUAGGUGGCUAAAUGGAUGCAGAUGGCUACUUGAUUAUUUCAUUCCAGAAUUAUAGGCAUCAUUGCGGGAUUGGCCCUGCUAAUGGCUUUAAAGUAGCCACACAUGAGAAGGAGAUCUACUUGAUAUCAAAACAUUUCUUCAGAAAUAAGGUUCUUUUCAGCUACAAGUGCAUGGAUGAGGUUGAGCAUUAAUGUUAGGCCAUGGGAUUUAGGUCAGGGUUAUGUAGGCCAAUAACUAUUUGAGCAUCCCAUUUCUUUAUGGAGCUUGCUUUCUGUGUGUUGUCAUUGUCCUGCUGAGCCAGGAAAGGAUAUUCCCUGAACUGCUCUCACAAAUGUGGAAGCACGCAGUAUACAAGCAGUGUCCAUGUAUACUAGGUAACUAUAUGGACAAAUUAAGCGCUAUAACUAUUGUAAUUAUAAUAGCUAAAGACUCCUAUAUAUAAAAUUAAAAACACAUGCACACUUUACUACCAAAAGAUAUAUUGGUAGUAAAGUGUGCAUGUAUUUUUAUUCUCUAAAUGGGCAUCUUUGGCUAUUAUAAACCAUUUUUUGUAUCUAUAAGUUUGUUUGGAAAGAGGGAUGUAUGUAGAGCGCACACAAUAUAGGAAACAAAGCACACAGAGGCAUCCAGCCAAACUGGUUCUGGUCAGUAAGUAGCUAUUAAUCUCAUGGUGGGAUUUGCUGAAGGAGAGAAAAUCUGCCCUGCUAUUGCUAAUCCCCCAUUGAGCAAAGAGUGGGGAGUCUUAUCCACGGAGGAUUGUAUUUAUAAGCAAGUGAUGAAAAGAUUUGCUGCUCAAAUGUUGAAGAUUUAUACAGCGUUAUCCAUUGAAUAUACUCUCUGCAUAGUUGUAGGAAUUUAAAUGUGUUAUACUAAUUGUUUUUGGUGAAUGAAUGCGUGUGGUCCUUGCAUUUAUAUCUUGCAUUUAUUCCUAAAAAACGAUGGAUUGUUUGUGUUUUUUGCAAACAUGUUUUUGUAAUCCCAAGGAACUUGUAGCGAGUUUUGAUUCUGUUUUAAAUCACACAACAAGUUUCAAUCCUGUUUUUCUUUGCUCUGAGAUUCUAUUAGUGAUAAGAUUCAAAUUGUUUGUAUAUGACAGAUAUUUGUGUGAAGUAAUGGAGACUGGCCGCCUCUUGACUUGAAAUGGCUACUUUCAUUGCACUGCAUCCUAGCAACGUGCCAUUGUCACCUCCCUGUAGGGAGCUUUGCAGCACACUUAAUAUAGGUGCAAAGCUUCUCUGUAAACACAGCAUAUCUCUGUAUGGCUUCAUGAUAACCUGUUACUUAUGUCAUUCAAGCAAUUGCAUUCUCUCCCUAUCCCCUCCGCUCUUAACCCUAAGGUUACCUUAAAAUAUUUUAGAUGAUUAAAUAGGCACCCAGUUAUUGCAGGUAAUGUCUGGAGCUGUUACUUACUGUAAUAUUAAGCUGGCAUUUCCAUCUUUUCAUGCUAUUUAAAGACACAUUAUAGUCACCAGAACAACUGCAGCUUAUUGUAUUUGUUCUGAUGAGUGUAAUUAUUCCCUGCAGUAUUUACAUUACAGCCUAGGGAUACCUCCAGUGGCCACUCCUCAGUUGGCUACUAGAGGUACUUCCUGGGCCAAUGCUGUACAGUGUGACACUGACAUUCAGUGUCUCCACCCUCUGCGUGGAGACACUGAACUUUCCUCACAGAGAUUCAUCAAUUCAGUGCAUCUCUAUGAGGAGAUGAUGAUUGGCGGGGCUGUGUUUGGCUUGUGCUGGCUCUGCCCCUGAUCUACCUCCUUGACAAUCUCAGCCAAUGUAAUGCUUUCCUAUGGGAAACCAUUUCCUGAAGGAAAAUGAGAAACAUCAGAGAAAUAUCAUUCCUUCCUCUAUAACCUUAUGUAAGAGCGUAACUGUUCCUAUGAGGAAAUGUUUCAUGUGCGCCCAUCAUAGCCAUUCCAGACUUGUACCGUUCAGGUACUAUAAUUCCAAGAUUUUACUAUUAACAUGACGUAAAGUCAUGAUUUUAUUAAUGACACGGAGGUGAGUAUUAUGCUAUCUUUUUCUUUAUAUUCCAUCAGCAGCAAAGAGAAAAAAUAUAUAAAUAAACGAAUAACGAAAACAUAACGAAUCUGCCUAGGAACAGGGCAGCCAAUCAGGAUACAGGAAACAGUCUAUAAAAGGUCUGAGCUAGCAUUCCAUUUCCUCUUCUUUGCUUGUAAUACCGAAGACCAGAAUCCAAUCCAGAAAAUUUCAAAAACAAGAUUAAAAACAACUUAUCUCUGGUUCAACCUCCUUGGCGAUAAACUGCGAAAAGACAAAAAUAUGGUAAAAUCCAACCUCAGGACCCAUCAGCAUAUUAAGGCAAGCCAACACGCCAUAUGCACAAAACGUAGAAUCAUGAAAGGUGUGGCGAAAAUAACCUCGCAACUGGGUUUUGGAGGGGCCUGUUUGCCAGCCUUUUGCUCCAGGAUUAUGGCCCAUGCAUUAAAACUUUGUUUCUCCGCGUAAAAAGGCUUCUUAAAAAUGUGACUUCCAUGGAAUUCGUGAACCCCUGCCCUGAUCUGGGUGAUUUUUGGAUAUGUUGUUCACCCAGAUCAGGGCUAUCCAGGAAUGUAUAUAUUUGGGGUGUUUUCUGUGUUUUGGGAAAAAUGUGUGUUCUCUGCCUGUGAGUAGUAAAGUUAGCCCAUUGUGUUUGUUAAUUGUAUCACAGGCAGAGUGGAGGGUUUGUGUACCUUGUCUGGGAGUGUCUAAACUGUACAAGUCUGUCCUGAUUGGUUUUGUAACUUUGGGUCCUGUGUACCACAAGGGGUGGGAUCCUUGUGGGAAAACCUGUAUAUAAGAGAGAAUAAACCGUCACACUGCUGAGUUCCUGUUUUACCCUCAACAUAGAGCCUCGUCUCAUGUGUGGGGGAAAAGGCUGCAUCUACACUGGGGAUUGCUAUACGCUGUAUACUCUCCUGGCUAUAAUCACUAAGCUCUUUUAAGAGCUUGUUCCUGUUUCGCUCUCUGAAGGAAGAGAGGUUCAGCCACUGGAGCCUGGAGCCUUGUCGUAGGUCCAGGGUGGGAAGAAGAUGGCGAGACCCCAACCAAGCUGCGGCGGUUUGUGGCGUCUGCAGUGCUCAUGGUGUCAAGUGGAGUGCUUGGAGCCUUCGGGAAGCACUAGGAGCAUCCAUCAACGGAGGUACCCAGUCGGGGUGCCAGGUGAUCUGUUACAAUAGGUAACAACAUAUAUGACAUAUUCAAGGAGCAUAUUCCACAUUAUCCUUACCUUCACUUACCACGCGAAAAUAAUAUCACCACUCUCAAUUAAUAUCAGACAACCUGCCAAUCCAGUCAGGUAGAGUAGGUCCCAGGCCUGAAAUUUAAACACCGAGGGAGGUAAUGGAGUGUGCCUCAGGUCCCGGACCCCAGAGAAUGAAAUUCGUUCACAUAGGGAUAAAAGGGGGAAGGGCAGAAACAUGAACCACAGGGGUUGAGUAACCCCAACAAAAAAACAAUACACAGAUAAUAUAGGAGAGGAGAGUGGAGCCGGUGCCACCGGGAACUCCGUCGGCCACGUGAGUAGGCUAAAAGAGCGCGCUAAAGGAGGGCAGGCUCCGUUCCCCCGCGAUGGCCGGUGAGCCUGGGGAUCGCUCGCGGCUAAACAUCUGUGCCGCCAGGGGAGAUCAGUCCCCGCGCGUCAAGGUGGACCUGGCACACGCGGUGGUACUAACCAAAAAAAAAAAGGAACUGCCGCGCGUCGAGUCGGCAAGGGAACACAUGCAGCCGUGGAGGGAAUGAGUGAGAGGGGAAAAACAAACAGCCAGGGCUGGAAUCCCGAGCCUGUGCUCCUUAAAGGACACAGUACAGGCAGGGAGAUACGGCCCGAGCCAACAAGAAACACAAAGCAGUGGGGAGAAACCCGCUGUCAGCCACUAAAAAAAAGCAAACUCAAAACAAAAUUAUACAAAUAAUAGAAUCCAGAACUUUAAGUAUCUACAUAUAAACACUAAUCAAAACCAUAAAUCAACAGAAUGAAACUGAAUAUACUAGCUGGUCUGAGGGAGCAGCAAAGAAAGAGAAAUGGAAUGCUAGUUCGGACCUUUUAUAGACUGUUUCCUGUAUUCUGAUAGGCUGCCCUGUUCCUAGGCAGAUUCAUUAUGUUUAUUCCUUUUAUUUAUAUUACAUUCAAUUUUAUAUUUUUUUUUUCUCAAUGCUGAGUGAAAAUAAAGAAAGCACAUAAUAGGAACAUCCGUGUCCUUAAUAAAAUCAUAGAAUUGUAAUUAGUAGACUGCCCAUCUCUUGUCUAUAUAGCUAUCUGUCUAAGCAAACAUUCAAGGAAAGAUGCUUGUUUAUAAUGCUGAAGUGUUGUGAAGUAUACUAGACCCUCCUCUUCUGUAAACAUAGAGUUAACAUAGCUGUAAUCCAGGGGCAAGAAAGUCCAGUGCCGUAGUUCUGUUCUGUCAUCAGGAAAUAAUCUCUAAUGAUGUUUUCUCAACCAGUCCAGUACUUCUCCCUGAGAAGCAUUGGGAAAGCAAAAACGUGAAUGGCAGUUGCUGCACUGUCAGCAAUGCUACCCAUAAAGAAACAUUGUCUUUCAGUUUAUGCAGUUGCACAAAGCAGUCCAGAACAACACACUUCUAGCUGUCUUACAGGUAAUGUGCAAAUUAAGAGCUUUAUAAAGUAAUAGAACACUGUUAAAGUGGCUCUGUCACCUUCUGGGGUCUUUGCAUAUUUUACUGACCUCCUAUAGUGACAUUGCCGAAUGGAGUGCAGUGGCCUGGCAGUGCAGUACAGGUGAGUUAUACAUACUUGAUAAAGACCCUACGGGUGCCGCAGUCUUUGAUCUUCAGCUCCUGGUGCUUCAUCCACUUCAGUGCUGUACUCUCACACAUGUGUAAUGUGCUAGCGUUGCAAGAGUGCAAUACACUAUUUUGCAAUUAUAGUGUGGACUGUGAUAGGAGGUAUCUCAGCAUAUCUACUCGAUACCUGCACCCAGUUAAAGGUUUGAGUGCCAACAUACAUUUGUAUUUUUACCAAUAUACUAAUGUCACUGCUGGAGGUUACACCUCUGAAAACAAUAUAAGCUAUUCCCGUGUGCAGUUUUUCAUAUUGAAAACCUUUAGACUCCAGGCACCAUGACCAUGUCAAAUCAUUUGUUAAAAAUUAAGUGGUUAUGGUGCUUGGAGCAACCCUUUAAGGUAAGCUGUUUAUUGUGUGUAGAUACAUUUGCAGUAUAACGUCCAUAUUUCCUAAUAACCUUUACGAAGUUCAGCCAGCAUAGAAUUUAUUAGACAGCGUAGUGAAAUAGGAACAGAGCAUAAAAGUAAUUCUUCUAAAUAAACCACAAUGAGAUGUGUUUAUCAUUGCUUAUGUUUUUGUUUUUGUUUUUCCAGUGGUGGUCUCAAGCAACUGUAACCUUGUCAGCAAGUCUUAAAAUGUAAUUUUGUCUUUUGUGCUCUACAGCUUUCGUCAUCUACAACUUCUUAAGCCUUUGUUACGAAUACCUUGGUGGAGAGAGUAAUAUCAUGACUGAAAUCAGAGGGAAGCCCAUUGAGUGAGUUUUUUUUUUUCUGAAUAAAUGUAGAGACGUAAAGUGUGAUUUUAUUUAUACAAUGCGGUCAUUGAUCACAUCCAUAUAAACUAUACUUCUUGGUAGAUUAAUAUGUCUUUUUUUUUUUUUUUAUCUAAGCUGGUGUUGACCCCAUCUUCUUUGCAUUACUUUUUCUACUAUACUAUUUUUAACUUCUAAAAUUAAAUAUAACGUAUUUUUCGCUCCAUAACCCCCCUUUCCCUGUUCCAUAGUGAUUUUUAACCCCUCCUUGUCCGAUAGUGUUCUUUAACCUCCCUCCUCCCCUUGUCCAGUAGUGUUCUUUAACCCCUCUCCUCCCCUUGUCCAAUAGUGUUCUCCUCCCCUCAUCCCAUAGUGUUCCCCCCCUCAACCCAUAGUGUUCUCCCCCCCCCAUAGUGUCCCCCCCCUUGUCUCAUAGUGUUCUCCCCUCCCAUAGUGUCCCCACCCUCCCCUUGUCCCAUAGUGCACUUUCCCUCCCAUAGUGUCCUCCCCCCUUCCCCUUGUCCCAUAGUGUCCCAUAAUUACUUACCUGUAUUGUAGCGUGGGCCGGUGUUCUAUCGAAAUCCCCUACCUCGUGAAAAUCCCCUACCCUCAUCACUUCCGGUGAGGGGAAUCAGCUGGCUCCUGUGCUGCACAUGCAGUGCUAGCACUCCUGCUACUCCUCCACAGCAAGGUCCUGGAAGGUAAGUAAAACUAGUUUUACACUUUCAUUAUAGUAAGUGCAUUCACUAAGCUUAGGCACACGGGACAUUUAGGGUUAAGUGAGGGUUCAAAUUAGGGUUAGGUAAGUGAUUCUAACCUCUCUCACAAUCUAUUCUUACCCUAACCCUUGGGGUGAGGGUUAAAAUUAAAAUAGAGUGUGAGAAAGCACAAUUUAGUGAUAUUCCCCUAAUGUGAUAUAUCACUAAAUAUGAACAAGUCCCUAAUCCUAACCCUAAUUUGAACCCUAACAUUAACCCUAAAUGUCCCAUAUCCUAAGCUUAGUGAAUGCACGAACUAUAAUGAAAGUGUAAAAUUUGUUUUACUUACCUUCCAGGACCUUGUUGUGGAGGAGUAGCAGGAGUGCUAGCACGCAUGUGCAUCACAGGAUCCAGCUGAUUCCCCUCACCGGAAGUGACGAGGGUAGGGGAUUUUCACGAGUAGGGGAAAUUGAUAGAACACCGGCAGAACAGCGCACACCGCGGUACAGGAACUUAAAUUUCAGGUUCCAGUUUCCGGCAGGACCGAAAGUAAGUGUGCACACGGAGUGAAAAAAAGUUCCUGUACCGCGGUGCGUGCUGUUCUGCUGGCCCACGAUACAGUACAUGUCAGUAAAGCUUCACGUUCGCUCUAUAAGACGCACAGACAUUUCCCCUCACUUUUGAGGGGGGAAAAAGUGCGUCUUAUGGAGCGAAAAAUACUGUAUUAUUUUAGACUCCACAAGGUCUGCAGCUUUCUGCAGUGAGCUCCGGCUAGGAGCAGCAGGCUCCAGUCAGAUUUUCCCUUGAGGGUUCUUCACUGAUGAUGUGAAUUUCAAAUUUAGGCUGAAAAGAAGCAAAAACUCCAACAUAGCAUAGCAGUUGCAUUCUUGUAUUUUAAUAAAUAAAUGUUUUUUGCAGUGUUCCUUUAAAUAAUAGAAGGGAUAAACUCAGAUUUUCUCUAUAUUUUUCAACAAAACACCGAAAGAAAAUGUAAUUUUUAAAUGUGUAAAUAUGUAUCCUAGCGUUUUUUAAUUAUUCAGGUGUUUUGUGUACACCAUUAGAUAUAUCUUCACUACAAAUGUCGUCCUUCAUCAUAGUAAGCUUAAGAGUGUCACAAAGCAGUAGAACUUCCAGGUCAUCUGCACAUCCCACUUCCACAUCUGAAGUGAUGGUGCUUUGAUAGUGAUCCACAUUGAUACAAGCACAUAGACCAGGCAUAGGCAACCUUCGGCACUCCAGAUGUUUUGGACUACACCUCCUAUGAUGCUUUGUCGGCAUUAUAGGUGUAAGAGCAUUAUGGGGGAUGUAGUCCACAACAUCUGGAGUGCCAAAGGUUGCCUAUCCCUGACAAAGAGACUGAUAUAUACACGGAACAAAAUUUAUAAACGCAACACGUUUGUUUUUGCCCCCAUAUUUUACGAACUCAAAGAUCUAAGACUUUUUCUAUGUACACAAAAGGACUAUUUAUCUCAAAUAUUGUUCACAGAUCUGUCUAAAUCUGUGUUAGUGAGCACUUCUCCUUUGCUGAGAUAUGCCACAACUGUGAGGUGGAUGGAUUAUCAAGAUGCUGAUUAGACAGUAUGUUUAUUGCAAAGGAGUGCCUUAGGAGUGGCCACAAUAAAAGGCCAUUCUAAAAUGUGCAGUUUCACUGUAUUUGGGAGAUUUGAGGGGCAACGAAAACCAGUCAGUAUCUGGUGUGACCACCAUUUGCCUCACGCAGUGCAACACAUCUCCUUCGCAUAGAGUUGAUCAGGUUGUUGAUUGUGGCCUGUGGAUUGUUCGUCCACUCCUCUAUAAUGGUUGUGCGAAGUUGCUGGAUAUUGGCAGGACCUGGAACACACUGUCGUAUACGCCAAUCCAGAGCAUUGCAAACAUGCUCAACGAGUGACAUGUCCAGUGAGUAUGCUGGCCAUGCAAGCACUGGGAUGUUUUUUAGCUUCCAGGAAUUGUGUAUGGAUUCUUGCAACGUUGAGCCAUGCAUUAUCAUGCUGCAACAUAAGGUGAUGGUUGUGGAUGAAUGACACAACAAUGGGCCUCAGGAUCUCGUCACGGUAUCUCUGUGCAUUCAAAGUGCCAUCAAUAAAAUGCACCUGUGGUUGUUGUCCAUAACAUACGCCUGCCCAUACCAUAACCCCACCGCUAACAUGGGCCACUCAAUCCACAACUUUGACAUCAGCAAACCACUCACCCACACAACGCCAUACAGGCUGUGGCAAAACUAGCCACUUCAUUAUACCAAGAACUGUUCAUUCAUUUAAUUCCAUCUGUAAAGACUAACUCCAUUCGUUUAAUUGGACUCCACGAACAGAACAUAGACAUACUGUUCCUUGAGCCGAACAAAGUACCAAAUGGAGGACCACACAAGGUCUCCAAUUACACAAGGUCUCCAAUUAAGAACUGGCAACAUAGGGAAACCGCAAACACCUAGUGGUUGAAUGGGUGGUCGCCGUUCGAAUGAACGAAAACGUGGCGGCGGCCAUCUUGGCACACAACGCCCAGCGCUGUUUGGUCGUCGAGUGCAUGGAACUAAAAUCGGCUACUCGACCUCGCGAACACGCUGGACUUCCAUACAGUUCGUGCAGAUAAUUCUGAUCGUCCAAAUUGAGCGACUUUCAUCUUGAAGCACCGACCAUCAGACACACGACUACCCAAUUAUAGAUGUGUAUGUUCGUUUGUUAAUUUGUAUGAACUCCUGAAAGAAGACCGGUCAAAGCCUGCAAUUGUCUGGAACUGUUCCUGCUUACACUCCAAAACUGUGUGUCGUCCUGUUAUUGGAGGGAAAGAAGAUUUGCUCCUGUGUCUGCUGUUCCAGCUUGCAGGAGAUUCAACAGGGAAAGUCCUUGUAAGGACUAGAGCUAAUUCCCCAUUCGGUUCCACAGUUCCUAGGACUGAGUGACGUCCAGUGCCUGGAGGUGUCAGAGCUAACUCCCCAUUUGGCUCCAGGAAGGAGCGGUUCCAGAGCCCCAUUCAAGCUACAGUGACUUAGGGCAAGAAGUGCUGCGGUUUGUUCUCUGUUCCUGCUAUGCUCUCUGGACUAGGAGAGGUCUACCCACUGAAGCUGGAUCCUGGUCUUGGGUCCAGGGUGGGCGUAGGACGGCGAGACCCCAACCAAGCUGCGACGGUUCAUGGGGUCUGUGGUGGUUAUGGUGUUCCAGUGCAGUGAUUAUGGUACUAGGAAGCAGCGAUAGACGGAGGUACCCGGUCGGGUUGCCAGGCGGUCCGUUACACAGGCUGUCUGCAAUCUGCUCUGUACAUUGAAAAUCGUGAUUCAUCUGUGAAGAGAACACCUCUCCAAAGGGCCAGGUGCCAUCGAAUGUGAGCAUUUACCCACUCAAGUCGGUUACGAUGACGAACUGCAGUCAGGUCGAGACCCCGAUGAGGACGACGAGCUUUGCAGAUGAGCUUCCAAGAGACGGUUUCUGACCGUUUGGGAUGAAAUUAUUUGGUCAUGCAAACAGAUUGUUGCAGCAGCUGUCCGGGUGGCUGGUCUCAUACGAUCUUGGAGGUGAAGAUGCUGGAUGUGGAGGUCCUGGGCUGGUGUGGUUACACGUGGUCUGCGGUUGUGAGGCCAGUUGGAUAUACUGCAAAAUUCUCUGAAACACCUUCUGAGAUGGCUUAUGGUACAAAAAUGAACAUUCAAGUCAAGGGCAACAGCUCUGGUGGACAUUCCUGCAGUCAGCAUGCCAAUUGCACACUCCCUCAAAACUUGCGACAUCUGUGGCAUUGUGCUGUGUGAUAAAACUGCACAUUUUAAAGUGGCCUUUUAUUGUGGCCAGCCUAAGGCACACCUUUGCAAUAAUCAUGCUGUCUAAUCAGCAUCUUGAUAUGUCACGCCUGUGAGGUGGAUGGAUUAUCUCGUCAAAGGAGAAGUGCUCACUAACACAGAUUUAGACAGAUUUGUGAACAAUAGUUGAGGGAAAUAGGCCUUUUGUGUACAAAGAAAAAGUCUUAGUUUUUUGAGUUCAGCGCAUGGAAAAUGGGGCAAAAACAAAAGUGUUGUGUUUAUAAUUUUGCUCAGUGUAAUAAUGGCUAGAGGACUGAACAAUGUAUUAGGCAGACAUGGGUGGUAAAAAGGCUGUUCUAUAGCAGUGAUGACAACACUGCAGAUCAAAAUAACUUAUUUAUCUGAAGCAUUUACUCACCUCCACUGCCUCUUCUCACAGUUGGUGCCCUGAGUAUUCAAUCACAUCCACUGCCCCAUUUCCUAGUCAGUGCCCUAAACAUUAAAUCACAUCCUCUGUCCCUUCUCCCAUUCAUCCUGUCACAGCAACUUCUAUAUGUAUUCACUCACAUUUUACUGACCCUUUGCCUAUUCUCUACAUCACAGUCAAUGGCCUGAGCAUUCAAUCACAUCCUCUCUCUCCUUCCAGUCAGUAUCCUAAGCAUUCAAUCAUAUCCACUGCCCCUUUCCAAGUAUGUGCUCUGAGCCUUCAGUCAUAUUCACUGCCCCAUCUCCCUUUUCUUCAGCCAUAGCAACUGCCGUUAACAUCCACUCACAUUUUUCUGUCCUUUUUCCCAUUCCAUACAUCCCAGACAAAGUUCUGAGCAUUCACUUAUGUCAAAUUGUCAAAUGCCCCUUCUCCAACUCCCACAAUCUCAGUCAGUACCCUGAGCAUUCACUAAGCGUUCUACCAUUCAAUCCAUUCUAGCCAGUGCUGUUAGCAUUCAAUGCCCCUUCACCCAUUCCCAGUCCAGGUUACCUAACUCCUAUGCCCAGUCCUGUAUGAUUUAUCCUCCUGCCAGCUUGUUGCAUGUGGCUCUAUCUGCAACACCAGAAGGAUGGAGAACACUAGCAGCUAGCGAAACACCAACCCAGGGGGCCCAGGGCUGAAAUCCCACCCCUUAUUCCCAUCCCACAUAAAAGACAACUGCACUACGCUGCCCCGACAAUCUCUCUCCUAGCACAUCAAUCAGCCUGAACACUGACUGCAAAGUACAGACCUAUGGCUAGCGUACUGGCAGAGUGACCUCUGCAUACCAUACUAUAGCAUCUGGCGAUCUACUUAGUGGCUAGGUCUUUUGUCUAGUACAGUAAGCAUUUUAUAUAAAGGCAAAGCCACAUAUGACCACAUUGUGCAAACCUGUCAUACAGAUGCUUUUUUUAAAUUAAUUUUUUUUUAAAUUUUUUUGCUAGUAACCAUUUGAUUACUUUGUAGGUUCAGACUGUAUCACAGUUGUGCUAGUUUUGUAACUACUUCCUAUAUAUCUCAUUAGCCCCAUACUUAUGAAAGAAAAACUAAAGUUAUAUGUACACAAUGUUUUAAUCUUUAGUAGCACUAGCAGCAAUAAACAAUAUACGGUAAUUCUCUGCAAUCCAUAAAUUUGACAGAGGCAGAAAUGUUGAUUUUGGUAAAUUGGGAGGGGAUUACUUACAUAUGACACAUUUUGUUUUACCAUUUAUGUUAACUAUUUUUUUUUAUUGUAUACUUUAGGUCCAGCUGUAUGUAUGGGACAUGCUGUCUCUGGGGAAAGACCUAUUCCAUUGGCUUUCUACGCUUUUGUAAGCAGGUGUGUUUACCUUAGACAUAUUGGAACCUUUUUUUUUCUUUCUUUUAAAUAAAAUAAAUUUAUUCAAUUUGAGAAAUAAUUUUGAAGCUUUUAAAAACUUAUGCUGCACCAGAACUAUCUGGGACAGACUAAACAAAAAAGGCCAAAAGGUAUAUCUCCAGAUGUUGAAAUACAUGAGUUGUAAUUCUGCGACAUCUGGGGAUCUUCUUUUAUCCUGGUCAUCCAAUUAUUUGUAAACAUUAGAAUCCUAGGGUACAUAGACCUGAAUUCUUACCUGGGUUAUAAAUUGUCCUUUUGAAUCUUAUUUUUUUUUUUUUACAUUUUCACUUUGGUGUGCAGCUGUAUAAAGAUUUGAUUACAGACAUGAUAAGGCAGAUUUUCUGCUUCCUGGUUUUUUAUUUAUUACAUUUUUUCAUCACAGGCUACACUGCAGUUUUGUGUGGUGAAACCUUUAAUGGCAGUUAUAACCGUUAUACUUCAAGCCUUUGGGAAGUACAGAGAUGGGGAUUUCAAGUAAGUGUAUCAUCUCAUGACUCCUGAUAGAAAUGAAUCCUGGAUUCUUACCAUUUUUUUUUAACAUUGCCUACAGCACAUUACAUGACAGGUGCCUCGUCGUACCCUUGUGCAUUAAGAAUAAAAAAAAAAAACCAUACAUUCCCAAUAAUGCACAGACACCAAGCUGUUGGGUAAAAUUCUGUCCUCCGCUUUUAAUUUAAUAUAUCUAUUUUUAAUACGAAAAGUAAUUGUCAGGUAAACCCUAUGACCGUAUAUAACUAACCCCCCACAACAUUACAAUGACAAUGACCCCUAAAAUUAACAACAUAACAAUAGAACAUAAAAAAACAUAAUGAAACAUAAUAAAGAGCAAACAACUUGCUCGAAUGAUCCAAUGUAGGGGUAUACCGGAAUACCACUACACCCUUAGUUUCUGAGCCACUGACCAACUCGAAACCUACCAUACCAACUUUUAAACCACAUAAUUAAUCAAUCCCUUAUAAACCAUACCACCCUCGAUUUACCUAUCCAUCCCCCCCAGCACUGUGACCAGACAGAGGAUAACUCCAAACCUAACACAAAAUCAUUGAGGGUGGGAGGGACAACAACAGGGUCUAUGAGAAAGCAUUUGAAUGGGAAAAGUUUAAGAUGGCUGCCCUAUAUGUAUCAUCCUGCACAUCCCAGAUAACUAGCCAAUCCAAACACACUAACUAUGAAUGCCUGCCUCCUGUCAAGGCCCUAUUCCACUAAGCUUAGCUGCUUUAUGGGCUACAUUAUGUUUGUAGCUUCAAAGACGACAUUGUCUGACAUAUGAGCAUAGGUGUAAAGGUGUUUGUUUUUUUUCCUCCCUGUACUACCAUUUAUAUGUUGCCUACCUGCACUUUUGAAUAUUUUUUUUACUUGAGGGGAAAAAAAAAUCUAUAUAUAAGUAUAUAUAUUUACAUAGUUUAGUCUUCAAUAAACGUAAACCUUUUUAUUAAAAAAAUAAAAAUGGAUAUCCUUAUAAGUGUAGAGGCAAUCACAUAGCAGAUACACAAUUCUUCACAUUCUGUAAGCAGAUGUUCACCAGUAAUAGUUUGUUUUAUGUAAACAUACUGUUAACUGCAGUCCAGUGUUAAAAUGAUCAUGUAUGUCUAUUUUAUUCCAGCGUGGCCAGUGGAUAUCUGUAUGUGACAAUUAUUUACAACAUUUCCGUUAGCCUUGCGUUAUAUGCACUUUUCUUAUUCUACUUUGCUACACGUGAAUUACUCAGCCCCUACAGCCCCGUACUCAAGUUCUUUAUGGUGAAGUCGGUCAUUUUCCUCUCUUUCUGGCAAGGUGAGAUGCAUAUUCAGAGAUGGUUUUGGCUCAUGGUGCAUUCUGUAUUUACUGAUUCAAACAGCAUUAGAACUGGCAUUUGAAAAAUGAAUGGUACUAGUCUGGAAUCAAUACAUUUAUUUUUUCUGACUUUCAUCGAAAUGUCAAUAAAGCUUGAGUCAAAGCGGUCUCAGGGCCUGUUUGGGUCAUGACUCAUAUUAGAAGAUCAUUAGUGAUAUCACUACCAGUAUCUUUAACAUAAUAAGUAAAUGGAGGAUUCCAGAAUGUUUAAACGGUGUUAGUUUGACCAAUGUGUAGUUCUAGGAUUACAGAACAAAAUGUCCUUAGAGUAAAAUGUAUUGUAAGGUUUAAAUUAAUCUAGAAAGAUGCUGAGUGAUUCCCUGCUUUGUUCUCCUUUCAGGGCUGCUUUUGGCCAUACUGGAAAAGUGUGGAGCCAUCCCCAAAAUUAACUCUGCUGAGGUGACAGUAGGGGAGGGGACUGUGGCCGCUGGGUAUCAGAAUUUCAUAAUUUGUGUGGAGAUGUUCUUUGCCGCUAUAGCUCUGCGUUAUGCAUUUACAUACAAAGUUUACAUGGACAAACGGCUGGAUGCCCAAGGUCAGUACAGAUCACUCCCAUUACAUAACUUACUCAAGCUACUUGUGCUGUCGGGGUCUCUUGCAUGAAACGUUGCUCUCAGUGGAAGAAUUGCACUAUUUUCCAAAAGACUUUGUUUUUAUGCAUUUAAUUAAUCAACCUACAUUUUCUUGUAAUAAACUUUUUUGAAAAUGCAGACUUUUUACUUCAUCAUGAGCGUAGCUAUGGACAACUAAUGUAAUAUUAGAUAACGGUGGCCACUACAAAUGAUGGAUUUAGAUAUGCUUAUGUAUUUUUAUAUCGACUAAAAAUAGAUGCAAUGCUCAACCGAGGGAAAUCCAGUUUCCCUACGAGGUUCAAAAAGUACCUGCUAUCGAGGGACAAUCUCUAUAAAGUAUAUUAAAAAAUAUAAAUCUGCUUAGAAUUAUUCCUAAUAAACACAUGAGAAUAUCCUCACACUAGUAUGGACACUUUAGCAAUGUGUGUCAGAUGUUCAUCAUACACCAUAGUAUCAGAUCCAAUAUUGCACGUCUAUGACAGUCCCAAAUGGAACCGUAUUGUUAACCAGAAAAACAGUAAAUUAAAUGUGUUCUAAAAGCGAUAUACAUACUAAACAUUUCCAUCAACAAUCAUAGAGGAAGGCUACACACAGCAAAAGCCACCUCAUCUAACAAUUUGGUGUAGAGUCUGCUAAGACAUUUUUUACAAUCGGUUGUCAGAAUGAUUCUUAGAAAAUUGUGAUGCAAUACCUUUAAUUUUGUGUUUAGUGAAUAAUAAACUUUGGCCCAUUUCAUCCCUUGAGAACAGUGUUUGACACUUCUGGUUAACUGAUAUAAGCAUUUCAAAUGUGGAUCUAUGGUAAAAAUUCUGGGUUUUUGAAGAUCAUAUGUUUUAGUUUUAGGUUUUUGUUUGGCUGUUGUUUGCUAAGGGCUACCAUCUCACACCUGGCAUAAGGUUUCCAUGAGAGUAAUUGAGCUGAAUUUCUAGCUGCAAGCAGCCAUUGAUUUAUUCAUUAAACACUUUGUCGUUGGCCUUCUGCUGUCACCAGCCUUGCAAAUUCUCACCAGGUGAACCUCAAGAAUCUCGGUCUUUGUCUAGUGUUCUGACCGUUUCACCUGUGCUAUAUAUCUAGAUUUCACUUGUCUAGAAUCAAGUUACCUUCUGGAUUUGUUCUCUGUAUGCAGGCUUACCAAAAUACCACCCUGUAUUGCCCACGGUAAGGUAUUUUAUUCAACUUCUUCAAAUUGUGUUUUUAAAACUGUAAUGAAACUAACGAAUCUGAAUUUUUUUUUAUUUUUUUUUUCAUCUCACAUUGAACUAAAGGUUGUCUUUGCAUCUUGGGAAGUCUUUAGGGUAGCAUACACUGGUCCAAGUUAUCAUAUCUAAUUUUAUCUUAAAGGCCCAUCUUUAAAAGUGAACAGAAAUUAAGAAAGACAUGGCUUACAUCAAAGAGUCAGAGUCCUUAUAUCUUCUUAUAUAUUGUGCAAUCUUUCCUUACACAUGUACCCUAUGUUUGUUUGUUUUGAAAUGCAUUCAUGAAAUGGGUACUAUAGACCAAUUAAGAGUACCCUCCCUUAAUUACAUGUAAAAAAAAAAUAGUCUUUCAGAGCAGGAAUUGGUGAGUGACUAACGAGUAAAGCAUGCAUGUUUUUGAUUGUAACAUCGAAGCUCUGUAGCUGAAGAUAAAAUGCUAUGUUUCCAUUUUUUUACAUUUCAUGCAUUUAUCUUACAGGCCAAAAGCAUAUGUUUUGAACUUUGCAUAGAUAUCUGUUCAUGGUAUACAGUGCAUUUACACUGUCUUUGAGGAAUUCUGACACCUUGUGGUCACUGAUAAAAAUUACCUUUACGAAAACGUCUUAUCUAGUCAAGUGCAUCCCUUUCCUUUUUAUAAAGAAUUAAAAAAAAAAAAAAAAAGUUACUUUAACUAUUGAUUAUUUGAACCAAAUCUCUUAAGUCCACACAAUGCACAAUGUUUUCUGAGGCCAUUACUUUGCUGAGACGCCUCAACAAGUCAUUCACCUCUCAUUGGGAUCUCUGCAGCUCAUACCAUUUCUGCUGUACAGAUCACCAGACCUAUAUUUCAGAACUGAUACGCUUUUAUUUUCGCCGUCCUCAUUCAUGGGAGAAAAAAAUGAGAAUUACUAAUACAAGUACUGGAAGCAGACAUCUAUCUAUCAUCUUGCAGCUAGAAACACCUUGCCAGUUCUUCAAUAUAGAAAAUAUAUGGACUAGUAUGUUUCAGAGUCUGUUUCUCUAUUUAUUUUUUUUGUAAGGGGAAGACAAGUGGGGGCGGUGCUAAGGUUUUAGUGACUUUUGUAUUUACAGCAAAUAUAGCUUGCUACUGGUGCCAUGUGAAAGUAAAAAUAAUAAUUUUGUGCAAUGCACAAUCCCGACCUUAUUGCAGCAUAUAUGACUGGAAUAUCACUUUGGCCAAACUGGAAAUAAACAGGUUAAAUAAGGUUAUCUACAGUGGAUAAUUUAAGUGUAAUGAAUGCAACCUAAAAGGCAGUUUUUUAAUUUGUUUCCAAUUUGUUGUGCUCCAAGUUCUCUGUAUCCAGCUUUUAGAGACAUGUGGUAGGAAUGACAAUGUGCUGAGUCACGAUAGGGAGUGUACUGGGAGGGUGGGGAGAGCAUGUGGCCCUUGUGAUGAUGGCUGGCUCAUACCAUACUUGACUCAUCAACAUAUGAGCCUCAUCUGAUGUGUACAAUCUCAUGUCACCUGAUACAUGUCACUAUGUAAUCUUUCUCAGUGUUUCCUUAUCUGUCCUUUCUCUCUCUCUUUUUUUAAUCUCUUGCUUUUUGCCCUGGUUCUAUGCUGCAGCAGUUCCAACUUACGGGCCUUAUGGUAGGUACAGCUCUGUCUCUGCAACACCUUUGUUUUUCCCUGGCUGAUCUAUAUCUGCAAUAAUAUUUACAAGUGUACUGACCUAAGAUGCCAAAUAUCCAUAAGAUUUUUAAAGGCAUACUAGUAUUUAACAAAACAAAUAAAAAAUGGAAUUUUGCACUGCAUACGCAUACUUAUAAAACAUGGUGUUUUUUUUGUUUUUUUUAUAUGUUGAGCACGUUUGUCAAGAAGGGGCAUUUUAAGUACCAUCAGCUCUACAUGCUGUGGUUAUGGUGAUGUUAGGCUUCAGGCACUGUCUCCCAUUGUGGGUUAUUCUGGGUCUUGUGCCCAAAGUACUAACAGGCAGGCAUUGCUUUCUGGAAUUGCCUGUACAGAGGUUUCUUUUCUGUAUUAGCACAAUUAAUUUAAUCCGCACAUGGAUGGAAUUGAUUGGUUGAGCGUGUCAGCUGAUGCACUCAAUCUGUUUUUAUAUGGGUGAAAUAAUGUAAAAUUUAUAUAAAACUAAUAUGAAAGUUCAACCCCACAUUAUAAAUCCCAGUGUUUGGGACUAGCUUGCAGGUGCCUGAGGGACCCACAGUUUUGGUGUAACCACUCAAAACUGUAUGUUGUGGUGCCUAGACUAUUCCUUGAACAUGAUUACUUGCAUGUCUUAGUAUGUUACACAUUUCAUGAAAAAAUCAUUUUAAAAAAUUGCAUUUACUUUUAUGAAGCUAUAUCGAAAAGUACUUUUUAACAGAUUUUACAUUUUGACUUGACAAAAUUAAAGUACUAUGAAUAAAACUGUUAACACAGAUCAUUUAACCCCCUUAAGGACCAAACUUCUGGAAUAAAAGGUAAUCAUGACAUGUCACACGUCAUGUGUCCUUAAGGGGUUAAAGGGCUACAUUUUAACAGUUUUCUCCUUUGCUUCUACUUUUUGUAAGUUUUUGUGAGGAAUAGCCCAGUCAGUUUUUCACUACAUUGGAAAAUAUCCCUGUAAAAUGUUAAGAUGAGCAUUAAAUACAACUAGAAUUAUUUUUGUUGCUGCAGGGGUCUCCGAAUUUAGGUAUUGGCAAAUUAAAUUGCAUUUUUUUUUUUUUUAUUCUUGUACAGGUCGUUGCGCACCAAUGAAAAGCAUUUCGAGCAGCCUGAAGGAGACCAUGAAUCCUCAUGACAUUGUACAAGACGCAAUCCAUAACUUCUCUCCAGCCUACCAGCAGUACACACAGCAAUCCACUUUGGAGCAGGGCACAACCUGGCGCAAUGGGCAGAUUAUCUCCCGUUCACAGAGUCUCUCUGGGGCCCGAGACACAGAGAAAACCCUGCUUUUGAGCUCUGAUGAUGAGUUCUGAUUCAGGUGAAGAUGUCAUAGACAGCCUGAUGGCAAUCCAAUGGACUCUCUAUGGAAGAACAAGCAGAAUAUCAUCUGUAGCUUCACAAAAGGAGUAUCACUAUUUAUAUAUUUUUUUUUUAUUAUUAUUAUUCCCAAAGGCUUGAAAGAUAGUUCCAUUUUCUAAUAAUUAUGUAAUGUACUUGCGACACCUGUAUGUCCUGUUAAUAGAGGAGAACUCUAGUAGUCUUCAGUUCAGUAACUUUGUUGCAGGUUAAUAUACUGUUAUAAGCCCUGCUGCCAUUUUUUUUCAAUUGUGCCAGUUGCUUAUUCCAACAUUGUUAUGCCUUUGAGAUCUCCCAAUUAAUCUGCAGUGUUCACAUGGCUGUGGAGCGCCAUCUCUCUGCUGAACUGCUUGGGUUUGUGUUUGGUUCUUUUUUUUUUUUUUUUUUUCUCCUCCGCAGGCCUCUCCAAAUUCCAUGCAAUGACAGAAUUAAACAGUAGAGAGUUUUGAUGCAAAACAAUAGGGAUAUUAUUAGGAUUAUAACUAGUGAUGUUAAUUAAACCUUUAUUCCUAGAUUACUCCUAUUUAAUAAGCACACACCAGAGACCUAGGUUGUGUGCCCAGCAUUGUAGCUGAUAUUUAGCAACAAAAAUGUUUGAGAAUAAGCGUGUAGAGGCCUCUGUGUUCCUUAUAGGGACACUACACUAUAUUUACUAGAUACAAGAUACACAAAUCUUUUUAGCUUGCUAAUAAAUGGUUUUGUGUUUUUUUUUGUUUUUUUUUAAAGUUGUAGUAAGUUUACAGUAGUGUGUCCACUACAGACAAUGCACAUUACUUGUCCACUUAAAUCGAUGAGAGCUAACUGUUGUGCAUGUGUCGUAUUGGCUUCCCUCUAUUUGUUAUAUAACUACAGUCUAGUAAAGUCUAGCUGACACUUUUUAGCCAAUAUAUAGCACCCCUUAACUAAGGUUUCCCAUUCAAUAAUCUGAGCAGAGGAAGGACAGAUGCAAUUGGGUGCUGAAUACUGGAUUAAAGUGUAAGCAGUAGCCAGGUAUCUCUUGGCACCAUAACAACUUAAUUCCCAUGAGGUUACUAUGGUCUCCAGAGUGUACCUUCAAUUAUUAGAUAACUAGUUAAAAGAUCUGUCAACUAAGAUGAAUUUACUCAGCAAUUACAAAAACCUGCAUCUGGGCUUUGUUAAUAGAAAAAAAUUCAGGUGUUUUAAAUAUUUUUUAUUAGAUUUAAAUACAAAAAUAUAUUUUAGAUUAAAAGUUCUCUGCAGACCAUAAUUAGAAAGAUCUACCCCCACUAAUUUUUCCCAAUGUCUGCAUCAAUUGCAAAGCUGAUUAAAAAAAACAAAAAACUUUAUUGCUAACAGUGCAUUUAGGAAAAGAAGUAUAACAAAAGGUGUAUGGGGGGGAGGUAGCAUUUUACAUUUGCAUCAGAGCCUUUAUUCUGUAUAUUCAAUAUUCAGUGAGUGACACUAAACCAGGUACUUCCAGUAUCUCUUUGCUAGUCCCUGUUCUCCCAUUCAAAGUUGUUGUACGCACUGUCCAUAAUUCUUCAAAAGUACAAGUAAUUCUUCAGAAUAUAGGACACUUCUAAAUAUGGAGAGAGACACUCGUACAUGAAUGACGUGUGCCAUUUGCUUCUCCCUUGAUAUGGAAAGCACAGUUGGCUAAAAAUAAUACAGACUAUCUUAAAGUGAUCUUUGCUUCUUGCAUCAUGCAUAAAAUUGUUUGGUUUCAAAUUUGAGGCCUAGUGGGUCCAAAAAAAGAUUUAGACCAGUAAAAUGUUGCUAGGUACAUACAUGAUUUACACAUCUCUUCCAUAGCAUCGCUAUUUAAAUAUCUCAAAGUGCCACAUGGGUUUUAAAAGCUGUUGUUUUUUAAAUAUAUAAAAUCAGUUAUUUUACAUCAGUCUGACAGCGGUGAAAUAGCAGUAUAUACUUUUUAAGAUUUUAUUUUAACUGACCAGAACUCAUUGUUCACUUAGUUAAAGAUUGUGUAUUAAGGGAUCCAAACUCUACCCCCCCUUUGCCUAUUUGAUACCACUUUCUAUUUGUGAUUCUUACUAUGUAGACCAUACCUUAUCUAUUUGCCUUGGCCCUGUUUGGCUUUCAGUUCACUUUUUCUUCCAUUAUAGCCACACAUGCAAUUUUUUUUAAAUGUAUAUUUUAUUUCAUAUUCAACAAAUACAACAGGUUUUGCAAUAUUGAUUACUGUAAAUUUCUCUUGACUGACAGAUAUUCUUUAAUUUCAGAGGCAGGAAUUAGAAACCAUGUUUUCACCAGUAAACAAACUCGCUGACUUCAAGGGACACUGUAGGCACCCAGACCACUUCAGCUCAUUGAAGUGGUCUGGGUGGUAACUCCCAUUACCCUUAACCCUGCAAGUGUAAUUAUUGCAGUUUUUAUCAACUGCAAUAUUUACCUUGCAGGGUUAAGUACUCCUCUAGUGGCUGUGUACCAGACAGACACUAGAGGGACUUCCGGCUUCUUAGACGACUUUUGGUCGUCUAAACAGCGCUGGACGUCCUCAUGCUGUGCAUGAGGACCUCCAGUGUCGCCAGAAUCCCUAAAGGAAAGCAUUGAAUAAUGCUUCCUAUGGGGAGUUGUAAUGCGCGUGCGCGGCCAUUGCUGCGCAUGCACAUUAGGUCUCUCCCGCCGGCAUGGGAGGAGCGUGGGCGUAGCCUGACCCAGCACCGAGGGACAUCGGCGCUGGAUUCAUGUAAGUGUCUGAAGGGGUUAUAACCUCUUAAGCGACGUAGGAUGGGGGGGGAAUCACUCCAGGAUCCUCUAAUGCCAGGAAAACGGGUUUGUUUUCCUGGCACUGGAGAAUCCCUUUCAACUAGCAUGGCAUUUCCAGAAUUUAACCUUUUAAACAUUUCUGGAAAAUGUUAUAAUUUGUAAAUUAAAUUGAUGGUUUAAGCACCAUAACCACCACAUGAAUGCUCUUGCCCACAGUAAGUAGUCAAAAUUAGUUUGAAUUGUUUGGUUACCUGGUUCCCCUGGGUGCCUCUGGUCGUAUCUCCCCUUCAGUUAUCACUAAAACAGAAGACCCUACUAGAGGUUUUGCUCCCUGUCACAUGUACCUUCAGUGGAAGUACCCCUUCCACAUUAGGUAUAUUAAUUCCAACCCUGUUUAGAUGGAAUUAAUUUAUGGACUUAGGUGGAUUUGAAUACACGCUAGUCCAUAAAUGGAACAUGGGUAAUUGUCAAACAAUGGCAACGUAGUCUUUAUGGUGCUUAGAUUAUUGCUAUAAUUUAGUCUCCAAAGUAAUGGUGGCAACGUAUAUUUUGGUCUUUUUAAAUUACUUCCUAAGAACAUUUAAUUUGUAGCUGUUUUCAGCAAAGUGGUAAAUAACAGCAGAUAGUAAAUACCAGAAACUUUAAAAUUGUGUUUUAUUGGCAGAACCCAAUUGCUUUCUAAAUCACUUGUACACCCAGCUGCUAUCUUUUACCCAGUUGAUCUUAUUUUAGUUUACUUUUACAUUUAUAAAAACUUUAGAACUUAAACUGGAAAAACCAAUUCUCAAACUUGUAAUAGGUAACAAAGCUGUACUCCACCAUAGUUACAGGGACCAUUUUAACAGGAGUAGAUCUGCAUAUUUUAAUUCUUUUCAAGUUACAAUAAGCUUACUAAUGGAAUAACAUUCAUGUCCUACUCGAGCUCCUAGUGUAGCUGGUCCCUUGUGAAACUUGUCAGGAAAUGCCUACAACUAUUUUAGGAAACAGGCCGUUACUGACAAUUUAACUAUUUUAGGAAAGCCCAACACUCCAUCUCAACACUGCAGAAAAUAGGCUUUGCUUUUGUAAAAAUGUUUCCAAAUUUUAAGACUUUCAGACUGUGUGAAAUUUGUUUCGUUUUGUUUUUUAGAAAUGUUAGGCCAAACUGAACUAAAAUAAAAUUAAUUGAAUUACUGUCAAUUCACACAAAGUGAACAACCCUUUAACUCUCAGUAGAUAUGAACAUAUAUUUACAAAUUUAUUUUGAUAUAGAUGCAAUUAGAUGUUGUUAUGUAUUGAAGACAUCUGCAAGUCUUAUAUUGAUUGAGAGAAUAGGAAAUGUAAGCCUUCAGGAAUCUAACUUCAGAGGACAUAUAUUGCAAAACUGAUAUAGUCAUUUGCAUGCAACACAUUAUGUCCUCUCUAUCAUGAUCUUUCCAUACUAUGAUGAUUUGGACAGCCUGAGAUACCUGUCAGAUACUUGGCACAUUACUAAAUGAUACUCAAAGGUUUUUUUGUUUUUGUUUUUUUACAUGUUAAUGAUCUCCUAUAGCUCUGGCACAAUUUCUGACACUCUCAAACCAAGCUGGACAGUCUAGGAUAUUUUAAGAGUAUGUCUGCUUGGUGCUCUGAAGACUCUAUAUACUGCUGCCUGUUGUUAGGCUGCCUUUCUAGAUCUUCUAUAUUAUUUGUUUCCUGUUAGAACAUAUUUAUUUAUUGUAAAUAAGCGAACAGAUGUAGUAACCUGUCAUGUUCAUUCGCUUAUUAUCCUUUAUUUAACCCCAUAGUUGCUGGGACUGGCUGCAACAGAUUACAAAACAAUGUGCUGCAAUUUAUGUUCUGGCCCAGGAAAGUGUAAGUGAAGCGGGUAUAUUUUUAUAAAUAUUUGUAGAUAUAUUUUUUUCUCUACCAUGUUGCAGUGAAGAGAGUGAGUGUUAAUGGUUCUUUUGUAUGUAAACACUAUAGUUAUGUAACCCUUCUAUAACCUAUGGGUGGGUUUCUAAGCGAUGACACUGGAUGCUUCCACCCAUUCACUGCCAGAGGAACAGGAAUUGUUGGAUUCUAGUGUCCCAGUUGUUCUUUACUGUAAUUGCCUGAGAUUCGUGGUAAAAUUAAUCAGCGUGCGGUUCUAGGGCUCUUAAUACCCACUGAGUAGUGUGACACAUUCCUCAGAAAUGGGUUGCUCUUGCAGUGAAAAGGUUCAUGAUGGCAGGAUGCCUCGGGAGUGUGGAAACUUCCAAAAAGACAGCAUGUCUGCUUUGUUUUCAUUUAAAUUGGGAAAACUGGAAAAUGUGUGUUUAAUGGGUCCCUGCAUGGCCCCAAUUAGGUGCAAUAUCAGAUAUUUCAUAGUGGGGGAGGGAGAGGGGAGAAAUGUUGGAGAUUUGUUUUGGAAUUUGAAAUUUUUUUUUUUUUGUUUGUCAUAUCUUAAAAAAAAAAAAAAAAAUACUGGACACCUUGAGUUGGCGUAUCAUUUAUUUUUGCUAAUACACAAACAUUCCUUUUUUGUAGAAUUUGGGUGGAAACUAACACUUUUUUACUAAAAAUAAGUAUUGUCGUUAAUUCCAAAUUUAAGACCACGAUUCAGCUACUAAAGGCUAAAAUGUGAAAUUCACUUUUAAUCCCGAUAAUUCUCACUUUAGUAAAUAAGGAGAACGUGUUACUAAAAACAGACAACUGUCAAUUUUUGUUUAUUACAGUUAAACUUACAGUACAGUGAAACUUGUGUGUGUAUACAUAUAUAUUUAUUUUAAAUUCUGUAUAUUGAUCUUUAGAAAAUGUCACUUUUUUGGUUUAUCUGCCUGAGCCUGGUGUAGUUUCACACACAGCACUCGCAACAGCAGACAAGUUAGACCGAGCAGCAGCUGGUAAGAUAAGUUGGACCCAAAUGGCUGUUUAGCCAGAAAAAAAAAGUUAAAUAUUCUUAAUAAAAAUAAAAUAAAAUAAAUUAUAUUUGUAUAUCAUUAAGUUUCAUCUGUUUGCCAUUCAUACAUAGAGAUAAAGACAUCUUUCCACUGCAACUACUGUUUUACCUUUGUUUUGUGAAAGUCCUGUUUGAUAAGAGCAUCAUGUAUUUGUUAGAAUUAUGCCCAAACUGAUGCACAUCUGGAUUUGGUAAUGUACACUAACUCUUCAUUACCAGUAUGGGCUUUGGUUGGAUAAUUGGUAAAUUGAUCAAAGUGGAUUUAAAAAUAGCAAUCUUCAUGGAACAAUGAUAAGCCAAAAUAAAUCUUUUGAAUAUAUGUAUAUAUGGAAAAAUAAUACAAAAGAGGCCAUAACACUUAACACAGGCUUUUAUUUUAGAUAAGGAAAAAAGAUGGUCUUACAAUGCUUUAGAAAGCCAUACCAUUUGCACUGGUUGUACAUAAAUCAGUUAUAUAAAUGGACUGUAUUUUUGGUAGCAAUUGCAUCUAGAGGUAUAACUGCCAUAGUGUAUGAAGAUCCUUUUCCUGAGUCUGUAUAAAUCUAUUUCAUGACCAUAGAGUGUUUUUUGUUUUUUUCUCUCUCUUCUUCUCAUUUUAAGAACCGGCUAUUCAAAUUCUUCUUAAUAUAAAUGUUUUUAAUAUAAAUGUGUUUUCUCCAUUUAAUUUUAGUCAUUGUUUUGAAAACCUAGUGCGUAAACUGUAUAUGAUUUCUUGGAAUUUGUGUUGGCUUAAUCUGUAGAUACUGAAUUUAGCAAUGUUAUCCUCUGUAAUAUUGCUCCAGGUUUGGAUUAUUCUAUAGAUAAACUCUAAUCCACUGAAUUGUGGGAUGGCCCAUACUGUAUUUAACCAUCAUCUGUCUCAGAAAAAGAAUAGCUGUCCCUAUAUUGCUAUGCAAGUAACAAUGUGCACUAUUAAGAUUUAUAUAGUCCAGUUGUCUUUAUUAUUUUGUGUAUUGCUUUAUUUCAUAUUUAAUCUUAUUCCAGUGUUUAUGGAAAAGGGUCCAAGAUUAGUCCACUUGGGAUAUAAAGAGCUCAGUAAUCCAAGGAGCCAGUAUGAAUGAAGAUAUAAAGGAAAAUUUGUUUCUAUAAUUUAACUUCCUGGUCAUUUAAUAAGGCAAGAAUAACAAAUAGGUAAGUUUGUUUUCCUUAGGAAAGACUUUAUAGAAAAGACAGAAAGCAAAACUCUGAAAUUAUUUUUACUAAACAAAAUCACCCCCUCAAUUUUAGGCAAUCUGUAACUCAAGAAACACUAUCCCAAAUCCCUAUGCACAUUUAAAUAACCAGAGAUAUGUAAGCUGACCUGGGUUGCACUCCAUUUUCUGGGGAGAGUUCUCUGGUAUUUUCAAAAGCAGGAUACCAGGUAAUAAACUCAGAACAGCAGGGAAGGAUUCCAAAGACAGUACUGUAUAGUUAGAAAACCAGUAUAUUGAGAGACAUUCUGUUGAUUUCCAUGAUAAUUGUUCCUUUAUUUAAUACUUUCCCUCAAAAUAGUACCAUUUUUACCUUUGUAUAUCUUUCCCCUGGUGUGGACAAGAAACCAUUCUAUAGAUAAAAAAAAAAAUAUAUGGUUAGUCAAUAAAAAGGUGUAAAUCACAGUGGGCAUGGCACCAAUGAAAAUGUGGUAAUCCGUAAAAUAAGGGGCAUUACAGCACCAAACCCUAAAGUCAGAUAUUUAGUCAAGAUAUUAAGUUGAUCUUUAUUAAAAAUAAAUAAAUGCAACACUUAUUUAUGC